AUGCAGAGUCUAUUGGGUUUGAUUCGAAGGUAUAUCUGCUACUGACAACAGAAGGUUCCUUCCUCUGACAGAGGGAGAUUCUGUCUAUUUGGAGAAUAUGAGCCUUUGGAAGCAACCCAUUGAGAAUGGAGUGUCGUGGUGAGUCAGGGAAGUUGUGGCUCAGUGGAAUAUGGAAUAUGGCAGGCGUAGGCAAACUCGGCCCUCCAGAUGUUUUGGGACUACAGCUCCCAACAUCCCUGACCACUGGUCCUGUUAGCUAGGGAUGAUGGAAAUUGUAGUCCCAAAACAUCUGGAGGGCUGAGUUUGCCUAUGCCUGGAAUAUGGUAUAUGCCAAACCAUUGGUGGAGGAUCUGUAGCAAGUGACUCAGUGAUGUUUUGUGUUUGGGAGUUUGUGAAAAGCCAAAUGGUAAAACUUAGACGCGUCAUGUCAAAAUGGGCAAAGAUAUAUUGAGAAAUAAUGCAUUCUGACUCUCGUUUUCCCUUGCUGUUUGCAGGCUACUUCUCUUACAUGAUUUCUCUUUGCAUUUUUUAUGUUUCAGAAGUAUAAGAAAGCAGGCAGAAAAGAUGCAAUAAUGUGCAUCGUUGGCCUCACACAACACACUGCUACAUUGCUCCAAAGUUUAUAACUGAUGCCCAAGACACUUUGGUAUAUCUUCAUAGUUGUAUGAUGCAGUAUUCAUUAUGUAAUAUUCAUUUAUUUUUUACAGAAACCUUCUGUAUGUCUAUCCUCAAAGCCUUAACUUUGCCAACCGUCAAGGAUCUGCUCGGAAUAUCACUGUAAAAGUCCAAUUUAUGUUUGGAGAGGAUCCAAGUAACGCAAUGCCGGUAUGGUGUGUGUGUGUGUGUGUGUGUGUGUGUGUGUGUUUGCUUUUGACUUUUGUGCCCUAAUUGUUUUUCAGGUGUUGGAUGCAUGCUACAUGUGGCGUUCUGUAGAUCUAGCCUGAGUAGUCUGCUUUGGACUCAAUGUUGCUUCCUACCCUUUCUGCAGGCCCAGCAAGAAUAGAGCACAGUUCAUAUUAAAUUUAAAUAUUCAUGACAUGUUAUUUUAUGACAUCUUGUGUCCUCCAAUUUAUUUACUAAUUGAAUAAAUUUAUACCCCACUUUUUCAGAAGUCUUCUCUACAAAGUGGCUUCCACAGCAUCUAAGAUUGUUUUACACACAUUAGAAUAUACAAAUAAAAGAUAAGAAUUGGGGGAAAAAAUGCUCCAUGCAUUUCAAAUGAGAAAAGCAGCAUUAAAAUCCAAGGACCGACAGCACAAAAUCCUCAAGAUAAUGUUACCCACUAACAGCUGGUGAAGAAAGAGCUGUCUUCAAAGGUCUUUUAUACAUUGUAAAGGACCCUCAACUGGAAAGUCUCACAAUUGAGUGGCCAUUGCUGAGAAAACUCUUUUCUGGAUAGCCAUAAUCAUGAGCCCCUACACAAGCCUAAUCUAACCUUUCAAACUUCAUGGUGCGUUUGGGCUUGUGCUUAUGUAGUUCUUGCCAUUUCUUUUCUACGAUGCUCAUACAACCAACAUUGCUUAAUGUGCAGCAGAGAAAUGGAAUCGCCUCUCUCAUGAAAUUGUAGCAACCAUCAUUCCAGCCAAAUCACGUCCUGCCCAUUUUCCAUUUGUAAUCAUUGUUUAAACUGACGUGCAUCAUAAUUAUAUAAAAUGUAGUCUUACCAGUAGAGGUUCUGGUGUUCAUUUUGCCUUGGCAAAAUUGACCGACAUUUCACUGAUGUUGGUAAAGGCUCUUGGCUCUUAGCCUAACUUCUAGAACUCAAAAGCAAUGUUAAAUUGUCUUGUUUUAUUUCCUUUUGCAGGUAAUAUUUGGAAAAUCCAGCUGUGCUGAAUUUUCAAAAGAAGCAUAUACAGCUGUUGUGUAUCAUAACAGGUAAAAUGCAAAAGACGUCACGUGACACUAUGUGCACAAUGCAGUUACAAUUGGAAGCAAGACAGUAGUGGUUAUAACAGUGUACCAAUAGCUAGGUGCAUGGUGCUUUUGAUUAUAAGUAUAAAGCAAAACAGUGACAAAGGCCUUGAUGUUUCUGCAGUCCUCUUGGUCUGUGGACAAUGUAAUGUGGGAUAUAUGCCAUUUUUUGAUAAUGGUUUUAUCACUAUGUGUAUUGAUCCUGUGAUUGGCAGCUGGUACAAAACAUGGCAUUUAGACUUCUUUAAGAAUCCUAUGGGGAGCAUGGCAUGUCAAGUACAUGAACACUGCAGCAGCCUUUAUGUACGAUUUUUUUCUCAGGUGCUCUCCGUUUCAUGAAACCAACCACCACCAUGGCACUAAUGCUUUCACUGUGUUGUUUGUAAGCAUACGCUAUGACUAAAUACAGAAAAGCUACCCAUUAGGAUGAUGUAUAUGUAUAAACUUUUAAAAUAUGAGUAUUGUGCUAUCAUGCACAAUAUAUUUUGGAUGAAGAAUCUGACAUUUUUGUUUCAUUGAAAUUUACGCUUUGGAAUGCCAAAUUCUAAAAGUCCUGGCAACAGAUAACCUUGCAAUAUGGUCUGUCUUGCAAAAGGCACUGAGCUUUCUUGUUUGUUUAUUUAUUGAAUCAGAUAUUCAGUACAUCUAAAAAUUAAAUCCUGCAAUUGGUGGACAUUCCAUUCAUAAAUGGAACUUGACCCAAUGCUCAGUUUAUUUGGGUUAAAGUUUAUUUAGUUUGUGAGGAAUUUUUUCCCCUUAUAAUUAUGUCCAGAAUUUUUGUCGUCCUCUUCAAGCUAUUAAUAGUGGAAUAUAUUGGAUGGAGCCCAAUGAAGGGUAAAAGUGGUUUAGGACUGAGGCCAAAAUGCCCAAAUCCUAUUAAGGUUUAAAGUGUCCAAAUCUCAUUUAUAUGUUAUUUGGCUUUUUCAGGGAUUUGUCAUUCUUUUGACUUUUAAAUCACAUGCAGCUUGAUCCUGGUGGCAUGCCAAGUAUUCUAGCAAAACACUUAGAAAAAGGGUCAAUAAAUUUUGGCUGGUUUAGGUAGCCAGGGUUGAGCAGUCAGCAAAAAUUGGAGGCUCCCAGGACCCUGUCCCUACCCACUGGGAGCAGGGGAGGGCUUCAAAGGUACUCAUCUGCACAAUGUGAGACUGGGUUCAUCUAUUUUGUACUGCAUUUCUGAACACUUACACUGUCUCCAAAGUGCUGUUCAUCACAUACAAGGUCCAGCUCUCUUCCUUGAGCUAGUAGCUGAUGCUGUUGGAGAGCAGGGCAAGGAAUUUUCCAGAGUGCUGUGAUAUGUUUUGAAGGUGCUCAAAGCACUUCUGAUGUUACCUGAGUCAUGAGUACAUUUAUCUUACUGUAAUGCAGUGUUUUUUGGUUUUUUUAAGUACUGUAGUGGUUUACCGUUUCUCAAGCUUGCCUCCCUGUCUGUAACUUGCUAAGAGAGAACAAACAGGCCAUUAAAUAUUUAAAGAAUAGCAUUCCUAUAUCAUUAAACCAAGAUUUGAUCAUGCAAAUUUGCCUCUUAUAUUAGAAAUGCUAAAUUCACCUGAAGGUCUUAUAGAAUUUGGUUUUCUGGAGUUAGGGAACUAAGUGGGAAUUAUUAAUUCUUCUUUUUUUCUUUAUGCUUCUCACACCAUAAGAUUCUAUUUAAAUGCAGAAGAGCAGCCGGCAGUUAAGCAUGGCUGUAUUCUAGGCUUCGAAAGCUUUAUACUUACAGAUGAAUUUUUUUAUCUUAAAACAGAUCUCCUGAUUUUCACGAAGAAAUCAAGAUUAAACUCCCUGCUACUUUAACUGACCACCACCACCUGCUUUUCACUUUUUAUCAUGUCAGUUGCCAACAAAAACAAAAUACUCCUCUGGAGACGCCUGUUGGAUACACGGUAAAAGCACACAGAGAAACAAACCAUUUAUCCCACAAAUCCUCUCUCUCCCUUUUACGCCCCACUCCUUUCAUUUUUCAUCUGGGAGCAGGAAGGGAGGAGGAGAGCCACAGAAUUUUUUUUAUUUCGUUUGGUUCAGGUUAUUUCUGUAUUCUAGUAAUUUCUGACUCUUUGAUGUCACUGAGAGCUCAGCGUCGUGUGACUAGGUUGAAAGUGACCACCCACCGUGGUACUCAGAAUUGGGAACAAGAACAGAGACAAGCUGGCAGUGGACAGAAAGAUAUAUUCUUGUGGAUUGCAAAUAAUACAAUUUGGGUUUAUUCUGAGUUUCGUUCUAUAAAAAUGAACCUUUGUGUUCCCACUUUAGUUUGAAGCGUUUCUUUCAUGCUUUCCAUUUUCUAGUCUUAUAUUUCCUUCCGCCUCUUCCUUUUAGAGCAACGGUAGGGAACCUGUUUCAAACCAAGGGCCACGUUACCUCAUGGACAGCCUUCUGGGGGGCACAUGCAUGGGGCAGGUGGGGCCAGGGCCAAAUGUUUCUGGAGCAACAGAUGUUUCUUGCCUUUGUCCAGUAGACUCCAUUCCAGCCCAGCAAAAAUCAGAGCACCAUACAGGCAUUACCACCGUUCAGAGACUAAUAUAAGCAAGGCAAAGGCACUUAAGAAGGAUGCAGGGCAGGGCCAGUGAGGGGCACUGUCUGGGGAAAGGGGACAUGGCCUGGCGAGAACCUGGGGGCCUCUGGGAUUGUGGCCUGCGACCCUGUUUUGGAGUAAGAAUUGGAGCAUAUACCACUCAACACAAAGUCCAUGCACUCUUGAACCCAAAUCCUUGUGAUUCUGAUAGUGUGUUGUUCUUAUCCUGUACCUUCAGAUAAGUUUUAUUAUUAUUAUGUUGGAUGAAUUGGACAUACCCUGUGUACAAAUGAGAUAUUUUGCCUUCUUUCCCCCGUUAACAGUGGAUACCAAUGCUUCAGAAUGGACGGUUGAAAACCGGUCAGUUCCUUCUCCCUGUUUCCCUAGAGAAACCACCUCAGGCGUACUCUGUGCUCUCUCCAGAGGUCAGUAGUUCCUUCUGCUAAUGAUAAUUGAAGCAGUAGGCAUCUGAAAUAUUCUGAUCCCUUUCUUAGACAGCAAGCUUUAAAAGAUGUUCAUAUCUUCCAUGUCUAAUAUUGAAUGGAGUGCCUGCUUUUGCUAGACCUAUCUGUAAUCGAUAUUUCUGCUUUGUCAUUGUAAUCAGACUCCUGAAUGCUUUUAUUAUUUGCUUCCUCCCCACCCUCAGGUGCCCCUGCCUGGAAUGAAGUGGGUAGAUAACCAUAAGGGAGUUUUUAAUGUAGAAAUAGUUGCUGUGUCAUCUAUUCAUACACAGGUAUGUAUUCAUAGCAGUCCCUACAAGAGAAAGGCUUGAAUCCAAUCUAGAUAUAAUUUCUCCUAUCUCUCUCACUCACAGAGAAAUGUAUUUUUUGUUUAGACAAAAUAUAUAAUUCGCUUUUGAAGUAACAUGGCUUAGUAUAUUUUGUUGGGACUUUUGUCUAUGCAGGACCCUUUCCUUGACAAGUUCUUUGCCCUUGUUCAUGCCCUGGAUGAACACAUGUUCCCUGUGCGGAUAGGCGACAUGAGAAUUAUGGAAAACAACUUGGAGAACGAACUGAAGAGCAGUAUUUCGGCACUGAAUUCCUCUCAGCUGGAGCCUGUGGUGCGAUUUCUCCAUCUCUUGCUUGACAAGCUGAUCCUCUUGGUUGUACGACCUCCUAUCAUUGCUGGCCAAAUAGGUAUUUUAUUUAUGCUUGGGUUUUUGAAAACAUGAUAGACCUUGGAGCGAACCCUCCCUACUGCAUUAAUUCAUCCACACUUUAAACUGCCAUAAUUACAUGUUGACGUUUUGUUCUUCAUGGACAUGUUCAAGGAUGUUUUCAUUGUUCACCUGUAACAUUUGGGGCUAUCACUGAUUGGAAGUCUCGAUGAAUGGAAUUAGGAGAUGUUUGGAGUUCACCAUGUGUGUGUUUCUGUGUUACUCUCAGUAGAGUACGCCAGAGCUGGCUUGACGUUCAGUGCCUUCUCCUUUGUACUGUAGUGCGGAUAAUUGAAAUUACUAUGAAGUCAUCCCAGGGACAACAAUAUAUUAUAUUUGGCCAGUUAUGAUACAUGUAACACUUCCCCAUCCAUCACAAUACCUUUUCAUAUGUAUCCCUUAUGUAUACUUGUUAGCUAUGGUAGAGGAUUGAAAUGGAAGGGAGCUAAACAUUUUGACUGCGACUUCCAGUUGGUGUCCUUUGAUCAGUGGGGGUGUCCAUUAAUGGACGAGGAGGAGAGGCAAUUUCUUUCCUUUUGCCACUCCUAACACCUUAAAAAAAAUCAGCUUCAGGCAGUUGAGAGAUCUUCCAGAACAGGGUGGAAGGUGGAAUGGGGGGAAGUGUAGGGGAAGGAAGAAGUGACAGAAAUUAUCUCUCUUCCUAUUCCGUUAGCAGACACCUCUGCUGCAUCUAAAACCUUUUUGUGACCACAGUGCACCAAUUUGGAUUCUACUCUUUCUGGUUAGCAUGCUGCCUGAACCAUUUCUUACCCAAUUCCUUGUUGGAACUUAUAAUUUAUGCUAUAUAAACUAUUCAGCAUCCUAGAAAGUCUUAAUAAAUCAAGUGCUUGCUCUCCCCGCUAAGGGUUAAAUUUCAUAAUACUUAAGCUACUCUGGAAAUGUUUUUCAUGAGAAAUGAAUGUGGGCUUAGCUUAAAAAAAAAAGCUGUUGUGAUAGUGAGGUUACCUAUAUUGAUAAAUGCUGAACUGCUUGAUUUAUUUAUUUUUAGUAAAUCUGGGUCAAGCGUCUUUUGAAGCCAUGGCCUCUAUUGUAAACAGACUCCACAAAAACCUCGAAGGAAACCAAGACCAGCAUGGCAGAAACAACCUCCUCACCUCAUAUAUUUAUUACGUUUUUCGCUUGCCAAACACCUCUCCCAAUUCACCAUCUUCAGGUGGGUUCUCUUUUUGGGGGGUAAAGGUUGGAACUGAGGGGCAUGCUUCUCCAGGUGUUAGUCGUCUUGGGGUUUGUCAGAGGCUGAGCCUAGUUUUAGCAAGAGAACAUGUGAGUUAGUUGACAAAAAGCACAGUGCACACAACCAUCGCUUGGAUGCACCAGAGUCCCUAAUGCUUCCCAGUUUCCACCUCCACACGGUUGCUCCCCAUCUCCUGUCCACCCAUGCUGAGUGGUCCCACAACCUCAAGGAACAUAUUUCUAGGGGAUACAAGCAGCUUCAGCUGGAGUGGGUGGUGUCAGAAGAUCUCCCUUCCCUUGUGGUUUGUUGAAUCAAGGCUCAUCUGUUCAGGCUCUUUUCCUCACCACUGAGUAAGUGCAGGCAUCUUGAUGAAGGCACUGCAUGAAUUCCAGACCAGCUGGGGCUUCCAGUGCCUCCUUUGAAAGCUUCAAAGGCAAUCAUUUUCAGAGACCGAUGGGAAGUGAAGGCAACACAAAGGAUGACUUGAACCCAAGGGACCUGCCAACAGCGCCAUUGAGGACGCUGUGGAAGUGACUGGUACUUGAAGUGGAACUAGUGUUGGUUUGGUAUACGUUAUUCCGCCUCAUGCCUCCUUGUUGAGUUAUACUGUGCUUCAUUGUUUAGGUUCAGGUGGCUUGGGAGGAUCAGUCCAUUACGCCACCAUGGCUCGUUCUGCUGUCAGACCAGCAAGCCUAAACUUGAAUCGCUCCAGGAGCCUUAGCAACAGCAACCCAGAUAUCUCUGGCACUCCAACCUCGCCCGAUGAUGAAGUCCGAUCAAUCAUCGGGAGUAAGGUAGGAUUGCACUUAGCUGAGGGUGAUAGCCCAAUAUUUUUAAUUCCUAAACCCUAUUCAGGUAGUUAAUCUCUUACAUUUUCAAACCCCACUGAGGUCCAGGCAGUGUUAUCUGCCCUAAAUUGGAUGCAGCUUGUACUUUAAAAUGUGCCGCGAUGUUCUUGCUUGUUCAGGAAGGCAGCGCUCAAAGGGUGUUUGCAGUCGUUAGCAGGUUACUUUUCAAGGUGCUCUACCUGUACAAGGACAAAGGCAACGAAAGAGCAGACUCUUUUAUUGUGAAGUUCUGACCUUUACUUUUUCCUUUCGGUCCAAAUUAUUUUAUGAGCCACUUUAAAAGCGUUUUACACCCAGUUACAUGAAAAAUCAAUCGAAGGCACUUUAUUUUUUUAAGUCAUCGCCCCGUUUGUAUAAAAGGGCAAGAUGGAAAUGGAAGCACCAAGGAAUUUAAUAAUUUUUGAAUGAUUAAAAAAAACCAUUUCACCCCAAAAAGUGACACGUGUUGUUCUUAUUAAACAUUAAAGGCUUUGACUGGGAGAGCUCAGAAUAUUUAAGUAUCCAUUUGAUGGUCUUGCUAAUUAAACCACCUUGACCUUUUUGUGAAAUGCCUGAGGGAGUGAUGUGCACAUGGAAUUUACCUUGGAUAUGAUAAGUUUUAUGUGAGCUGCCUGGCCUUGAGUAAUUUGGCAAUAAAAAUGGAUAGAAGCUUUCUUACAGAAACAUAUUCUGCUUUUUAAUAAGCUGGAAGGAGUAAUGCGACAGCCUGGCAGAGAUAUUGUAAAACUCUGGGCACAUCAAAAUCAGUGGAAACCCUCAAUUUUGCUUUGGAAGUGUCAUGAUUUCUUUCCCCGACCAAAAUCUGAUUUGGGGCUUUUUGCUAUGAUUCUGAAAUCCUGUUUUGCUUUAGAAAAAAAUAUAGAUUGGGUCCAAAUUAUGGAUUGGAUUAUUUCAGUUCCUGCCCUGCACCCAGGGGGUGAGGGAGUGUGAGGUGGGAGCUGGGGGAGUGGAAGGAGGAAUACAAUACAAGGACAUGAUUGGCACUCAGACUGGCCAAUGGAUUUUUAAAAGGCAGGUGGAACACCAACCAACCACAAACUGCAUCUUACAGAAAUUUUGAUUGCAGGACUGUUCUUGCCCCAGCUGUUGAACUUUAUUUACUGCGAGUUUCUAAACUCCUAAGAGUGUUUUCAUAUUGCUUCAUGGUUUAUAAAUUUUGACUCUGAGACCUGGAUUGUUUAUUCAUUAUUUAUCUGCCAAUGUUUGGUUCAGGGACCUUUGGUCCAAGUAUAAAAUGCCAACAGGAUGGCUAUAGCAAUUUACAGGGGACUAGAAAACUUUUGAAACAGCAAUUUGGGUGCAUCUGUGUGCAGAUAUCGAUUUUUGUGUGCCCAGAAAUGUAUGUGGACAGGUUUCAUUACUCUGAGCUGGUGAAGAGAAGCCUGAUGAGGCUACUUUCUUUGAAGUAAUAAGAUAAAAUCCUUGUUAUACCAACCGCUCAAUAGUCUCAGUGGAGAGGUUAUGUUAAGUAAUAUGUUUGAACAUUGAAUAUGUAAGUUUAUGUUUAAAGUCAAUGGCUAGAACAAACACCAUUAGAUGUACUAAAUGUUUAAUGGUUCUUGUAUUUGUUUAAAAAUUCACAAAAAUGGUUUCUUUAAGAUGUAAUCAAUGACCCAAAUUCAGGCAAAAUUAGCUGCUCCUAAAUCUCACUGAAAUUUAUAAGACAAGUUUAACUGCAACUCAUUUAUAAGUUCCACUCAUUUCAGUGUGACUGACUUUAUUUGGAUCUGGGCCUAUAGUUACAGCAUCAUACACAUAUUUAUGAGUGCUUUUCUUAUAUAUUUUUUAAAAUCAAUAAAAAAAAUAGGGAAAUUUGAUAAGAUGCCCUUUAUUGAAGACAUCCAUCUUUUUAGCAUGUGAGCGCGUGUGUGAUGGGGAAAUGAGAGAAAUAACCCUUUGGACUAAAACGUAGGUAGUUUUAACAGUACUAAUUGUAUGGAAUACACUCUGGGUUUCUUUGAAGGAAUUGAUUUUCUCUGCGUUUUCCUGUACUGUGUGGCAUGCAACAUGUAACAUUUCUUUCCUUUCCCUGCUGCUUUCUGUUAUAUGCCCAGGGCUUAGACCGCUCCAAUUCCUGGGUAAACACUGGUGCUCCAAAAGCUGCCCCAUGGGGAUCCAACCCCAGUCCAAGUGCAGAGACUACACAGGUGGUGUCUACAUUAGAGCUUUCUUCUUGCCUUGGCUACUAUUACCUUAUAGAACAUCUUAUCCUCCCGAGUUUACACUGUGGUCUCCUUGACUUGCCUUUAUCUAUUUUGAAGAGUUCCAUGUCCUCAUUCCCCACCCCCAGCACCACCACACUGCAUGAAAAACCACCCACUUGCCACCACUGUUUGUCCUCGCUUUGUGUUUCAGUUGUUUCUGGGUUUGUGAAAUGAUGAUGCUAUAUAAUUUAAUUUCCUUUCCCCCUUUCUUUAUAAUCUACCACUACAAAAAUUCUGAAUUGUUAGGUGACACAUAUUCCUAAUGGAAACAUGUACUAAGAAUCCCCUCCCCCAAAUAUAAGUUGUUGUUGUUGUUUUGGUAACAUGCCACUUUUCAUUUUCACCAUUUUCAUAAUGCAUUUUUUUUCCUCAUCCACCCCUCCUCCUUUUGUCAUGUGAAUAGGUGACUGCAAUUAAAACGGCAUUGUUGUGUAUGUUAGAUCUUAAUCUCAGCUAAUAACAUUUGGAUACAGUGGGGAGGGUGUCAUAAGAGAUACCUUUGUUGCAAAGUAUGAAAUAUUUGGAGUCUUGACACUGUAACCUUAUAGGUCUUGACACUAUAACCUUAGCUGCUUGCUUCUUAACACUGCAUGAUUAUUGAUUUAUUGGAUAUUUGUACCAACAAAGGAAUGGGUUGAAGUCAGUUGAACAUACCUCUCAGCUUUAUCUACAAAAGCAAAACAACAUCUUUUCAACCCCAAACAAAUCUGAUAGAAUUGAACAUCAUUCUAGCCAAAAAGCCGUCAAAAUUAAAACCAGAUUUAAGAAUCAAAAAAGUCACAUUUAGUGCAUUGGUAUUGGAUUAUACUUUGGAGGUAAGAACCCUGCAUUUGUUUAAGCUGGAAGGAAUGGCGCUGAUAUCUUAAAGUACACUGUUUUCUUAAUAUAUACGUCAAGAGAAUAUAAUGCUGCUACACACCAGUUUCAUGCUUUGCAACAAUACAUAUCUUUAUGCAAAAACUUUGCACUUGAUUUUAAAGAAGCCUGAGCCCUAAACCCUGCAGAUGUUUUGCUAAACAAAUUGCAUUUGAGACUUUGUAAGCUAUGGCUUAUGAAGUCAGGGUCAAGCUCCCCUUCUCUCCCCUCUCCUCCUCAUGCCGCACAACAGCUUUGGUGUAAAGAUCCUGGUUUUUGUAUCAAAACCGAGGAACUCUGUCUUAAUGUCGGUUAACAAACAAGGAAAAUAAGCCGGGAUUAGAUCACAUCCUGACUUAGUUCCUGAUUUGUUAAUGAACAUUAAGCCAGAAUUCCACAGCGUGGGUGUUCAUUCAGUGGUUUCCAUGCCCAAAUUGGAUGGAGGUGGAAGGGAAGGAUGCUUGGCCCCUGCACUCAUUCCCAGCUUCAUACAUCUUGUCUUAUGAUUCCUCAAAUGAUUGUCCGGACUGGGCCUUUAUUUGACGAGAUGCACAAAAGAAUUUGAUACCUGGAUGUUUCUGUUUACUUUGUUGAUGUUCGUAGCCCCCAAACUGCAAAUGUCACCUGCAACCAACUUUAAUGUGCUGUCAUCAUUCAUUCAUUUCCCACUCUGUAGGCCGCAGACCGAAGUUGUAAUCGUAUGUCUUCGCACACAGAGACGUCAAGUUUCUUACAAACAUUAACAGGACGGUUGCCAACUAAAAAGGUAGAUUUUAGUGAAGACAAUUUAAACAUUGUAUGGAAGGCAGGGAAGUUUUAAGUCAUUAUAAACCAUUAAAGCCAUCACACUUUAGUGGGUUCCCUGCCUUUGUGUCUUGAUUUUGAGAGUGCUGAGUCAGCUUAGAGCCAAGGUUGCUCAGUUAAAAACCAGGGCUUUAGGCUGUCAUAAAACGUUUCAGAAGAUUCACUUAUGGUUUCAAAAGAGUUCCCCUCUCCAAUUUUAAACAAUUCUCUCAAGAAUAGUACAAAGAUUUAAGCAGAUGCGCAAGAAAUGUGGGCUCUGCAGUGGCUCCCACUGGCCAUUUUCUGUCUUGGUUUUUCACAAGUUUUGGAGUGAAAGAUGAGAGCUAGAAAAAACUCCUGCCAUCUUUUCCAUCAUCCUUCCCAUUCAUUCUUUACUUCUUCUAAGGGAGGGGAAGAGAAAAUAGCUAAACUUUUAUCCUGCUAGGAACCUCCCCAAGCAGGUCUUUUCCACCUACCGCAACGGAAGGUAGGGGAGGAACAAACAGGAGCUCCUUCCUGUCAAGUACCCUCCAGGGAUGAACUGUUUCCCUCCUCUGCCUCCUAUCUUAUUCCAGGAGGCUGUUUGUGCUUCAGAACUGUAUCUUACAUUUAGCUUCAGCAGCACUCUACCCACGUGCCAAAGCAUAAAUUGCAUUUUUAACAUCGCUGAGGGAAGUGUUGUUCUAAUGUUGCAGGGGCCUCAUGGUUCCAUAGAAUAACAGAAUUGUAGAAUUGGAAGGGGACCCUGAGGGUCAUCUAGUCCAACUCCCUGCAAUGCAGGAAUCUCAACUAAAUCAUACAUGUCAAAUGGCCAGCCAACCUCUGCUUAAAGACCUCUCCUCUUCUGUCUUAUGCCCCUCUGGUAAGAUCAAAAUGAGAGAGAGGAGCAUGUUGUCAGAAGCAGCUGUGAUAGCAUGAUUAUGUUCACUCUAGCAGUGUCCCUCUCACCUCCCCCAGGCUUAGGAAUGAACUACUUCCUUAUGAAAGCCUGAUUUUUAAAAAUGAAACAAAACAACAAAACAUCCCUACAUAAUUAGCUGUCAAUUAUGCCCCUUUGUGGUGCCAAGAUAAGAAAAACAAGAGGGAAGGCAACAAUUCACGAACCAGAAGAGAGAAGCUCAUGAUGAUUUAUUUAGCCUAAUGCCUUAUGUUUAUAAUCUUUGCCAGAAUCACAGAGCAAAUUAUAAUUUGCUUUGAUAAAGUAUCAUCCUGUGUACCUUAGAGGUUCUCUUUUUCUUGAUUCUGUUAAGAAAAGGCUAGGCAAAGUGUUUAAAACUAAAGCAAGCAUUUUGAGGGAAAGAGAGUGAUAUUUUUUUUAAAAAAAUCCCACUGAUAAUAAAAUUCUAGACCAAGGUGAUGUGAAAUAUUUCUCACACACAGUACACACUGUGGUCUGAUGUUGUUCCCCAAGUAUUUCAUCAAAGUACAUUUACCAUUGCUGUUCCCUUCACACUCAUUGUUUUGCUUACUCUCAUCCUUCACUGUGACUGUGUUCGGACAUAAAUGCUUAACCAUGAUUUAGCUUUAUGAGAAUGAGCUUGGCCUCCCCCUGGACUCGCCACUUCUCCACUUUUUAGAUUAAGUACAGUUUAAUACGUCAUUCAAACCUUAAACUGGUUAAUCUUAACUAUGGUUAGGGAAAAGAAGCCAACUUCAUAUUUGUUUCUCUCAACCAUAGUUAAGACUUAACCACAGUUCAUCCAUGUUUGAAUGACACAACAAGCUUUGCUUAAUUAUAAUAAUAAAAAAAAGAAUCAAAAGCUUCCAGAUUCCUCUGUAUCUCUGCAUUGGGGAAGGAGAGAGGGAUCAUAUGAGCUAAGGGAAGCUAGACUUGUUCCUUUAAGUCUAAUAAUGCUUUAGUAUUAUGUCCACACCAACCCUGUGUGUCCAUUGUUACUGUUGUGGUCUUUUUUAAUGGAUUGUGUGUUUGAAAAUUAUCAUGCAACUGAUACCGAAUGUGAAUUUGAAUCUGGCUAGCUUUUUCAUGAAGAACUGGCCUUACAGUGGGUUGUCUGCAGUGGGAGUGUACGUGAGGCAGCUCUCCAGCAAGCGUGGUUCUUCUUCGAACUUAUGGUAAGAGAACAAGGAAAUCUUCUUCAUUUUCUCUCUCUUCUGUUUCACCUUAAUUCCACUGAUUUCUCAGGUGCUUGUGCUAGUGCAACGCUUGAAAUGCCCUUGAAUAAUUCCGCUAGGUAGUGUGAAUUAGAGAUGAGACAGGACCUUGGAGGGGAGGGUGGCAGAUGGCUUCUCAAAAACAGUUUUGCAGAGUCCCCUCAGUGAUGAGAAGGGGCUCAGAAGAGUGUAGAGAACUGUUUGUGGGGGCAUCCCCAUUGCGAAGGCAGCUGUGAGAAUGCUCCAUGACUUGGCCUUCUGUGCUGCAGCCAUUUUGUUCCAGGUGCUGUGGGUGACGAUGGUCAGCAUGGUUGGGUGCUGCCAAGGACUACAUUCCAGGAGGGGGCCUAUUGCCCAGCCCCUGUUAUUUACUAUCUGUUUAUGUUCACUUGUUUUCCCCCAAGUGGGCAUGAGCCUUCAUCUUCCUUCUGGCCAGUGGUUCAGAUUGGGCCCAGAGUGAGAGGAGGAGUGAAUGGGGAGCAGUGAUGGUGGUGGUGAGAAGCGAGACCACUCUGGAAGGAGAUACCACUGAAAGCCUCUUAUUCAAGAGCCCCACAAAAUUUGGAUCCAGCAACGGUUUCAUUGCUCACUCUUGCAUUGUGGCAAAGCAGGGAACAGGUCUUCUAUUUGGCUCUGUGGGGCUUUGACUUCACCGUGUAGGAAGCUUGUCCUAUACUGAGUCAGACCUUUGGUCUAUCUAGCUCAGUAUUUCAUACACUGACUGGCAGCAGUUCUCCAGGAAUCCAGACUGGGUACAUACCAAGCCCUACCUGGGGAUUGAACCUGGGACCUUCUGCAUGCAAAUCAGAUGCUGUACCAUUGAGCUAUGGCCCUACUUACUGUGUAAUUUUAAGAAGAAAUAAAAAGGGAAAGCAUAGCUCAGAAGAAGCAGCAGCAGCUUGGGCUGGGAGCAGGCACACACACACACACACAAGAAAUUUGAGAGGACAGGAUGUAUUUUGCCCCACUUGAAACACCAGGAAAUGUUUAGAGGUGAAAAUUCUGCCCCUCACCAAACAGGAUGGAUCUGUAGCUAUUGCUGUGACUGGUUUGUGUUAAAGAAAGGCAUCAAAUCACAGUGCUAUCUAUCCAUGGCUGAUUUUUUCCUCCCCACCCUCUCCCCUUACAACUGACUGCAACUUAUAAUAUAUGUUCCCUCCAGGUAAAAAGUAUGGUGCAUCAUUUGUAUUUUGCUGACAAACUCGAUGCUCCAAGGAAGAAUCGUUUUCCGGAGCGCUUCAUGGAUGACAUAGCUGCUCUGGUCAGCACAAUUGCCAGUGAUAUAGUCUCCCGGUUUCAGAAGGUAAUGGAAGAAGUUCAGCUGUGCUCUUGUCAAAAUUUUAACCGCUGAUUCUGAACGAUAACUUCCAGAUGACGCAAGACAGAUUCUUGGAUGAGGGCCUUAGCAUGAAGCCUCAGUGUUUAUCUCUGUUCCUUUCCUUUCAUUCCCUUCUGCCCCACCCCAAUGUAGGAUGCUGAAAUGAUUGAAAGGCUCAACACUAGCUUAGCCUUCUUCCUAAACGAUCUACUCACUGUUAUGGACAGAGGAUUUGUCUUCAGCCUUACUAAGGUGUACUACAAACAGGUAAAGUCUCCGGAUAAAAAGAGGUAGGGAUGGGUUGGCAUGAGGUGAAAGCAGAGAAUCUUUGGAAACUGCAGCAGGGAAGGGGAAAGGAGGAGAGUAGGAGGAGAAGGAAAGUUCAUCUCUGGAGCAGAAUUCGUAAGAGCAGAUGACUGGUGGAGUGACAGAAGCUUCACUUUCAGUUGUCAAUUUGAAGCUGGUUCCAUGGCAUUUUCAGGGGAGGCCAGGGCACUCAGCCAGUUUGCCAUCUGAUGGGAGGGCAUUCUACAGAGUGGGUGGUGCGACUACCAAAAUGCCUUCUGUCUGGUUCCCUGUAGCUUCACUUCUCUCAGUGAAGGAACCACCAAAAGGCCCUUGGAGCUGGACCUCAGUGUCCGGGCUGAACGAUGCAGGUGGAGAUGCUCCUUCAGGUAUACAGGGCUGAAACCGUGUAGGGCUUUAAAGGUCAGCACCAACACUUUGAAUUGUGCUCGGAAAUGUACUGGGAGCCAAUGUAGGUCUUUUAGGACAUGUUAUGUGGUCCUGGCAGCUGCUGCCAGUCAUCAGUCUAGCAGCCGCAUGCAGGAUUAAUUGUAGCCGUAAUUUCCGUGCGGAAGUGGCUUCUGGUGGCCUGUAACUCUUUAACUGUGCUUUCCCCGUCUUUACAAGGUGUCAUCCAAGCUUUAUUCCUUACCCAACCCGAGCACCCUUGUGUCCUUGAGGUUGGAUUUCCUCCGCAUCGUCUGCAGCCAUGAACACUACGUUACUCUGAAUUUACCAUGCAGCCUGUUGACACCCCCGGCCUCCCCAUCACCUUCCGUGUCUUCCGCAACAUCUCAGGUGAGCAGGGUGCCUAGAAAAGACAUUUCUUGCCUUGUGGGAAGAACAACCCAGUGUGUGGUGGCAGCACUUGUAGAAUGAAGUACCUUUUCCAAGUACUGUUCUGCUUUGAAUGUAGGUUGUCCUUUGGUGCUCAUAUGUGUAAUCAGCAUCCAGACUCACUGAGGAAAGUGCUUUAAAUUAUAUGGGUGCUGGACAACCAGGAGAACAGAGAGUCUCCUGGGGAAAGGAAAACACCAUUUUUGCACAUAGCACCUCUGUCUUUACUGGAUAAAGCCAGCCAGGUUGACUGGCAGAGGACUAGAUGGUACAGCACUCACCAAGCAUCCUAAGGUCAGUGUCCACCACGAUAAUUAAGAGCCAGUCACCUUUUUCCACUUGUGGUAGUCAUGUCCCGUUGUGAUCAACUAUUGGGUAAGAAGAAGAAGACAGAUUUAUUCUUAUUGCACUUAAAAACUAUAUAUAUAUAUAUAUUCAGAAAAUAGAGGUAAUUUGUCUCAUGUGGUUGUUGCAGCAUGCAUACUCUAUGCAAAAUGCUGUAGAGCUUAGAUAAUUCCAAUUUUUGAAAGACUGUGAACCCCGUGCAAUUCAUGACCAAGCUUACCUGUUGCAUACGAAUUAAAUAAGGUGAACGGAAAGCAAAUCUAUAUUGCACAUUUUAAUACCACACAUUAUUGGAACAGUAAAAUGUAACUCACAACAGGUAUACUAUAUGUACUGAAGAUAAUUUAAGCUAUUUGUAAUUGUGUAUACUGCUUGUAUAUUUCAUGCUCCUUGACUUUGUAUUUAAGUUGUUAGGAGGAGGAGGAGUAUGGAAAAAACUUUAUCCUAGGGAUGUGAUUCUAUAUUCAGAGGUGUAGCUCAUGAAUUGGGAAACUUCUGGCUUCACUUACUGGAAAUACAGAAAAAUAGAGAGCAGUGUUUGUGAGAGCAGAGUGUGUGUGGAGUCUUUCAGAGUUCUGUAAAUAAAAGUCUUAAGUAUGUUAUACAAUACUCUUGUUUCCGGUUGCUCCAGCCACAUUUAUAGGAUUACCAAAUGGUCUGUUCGUAAAAUGUAACCUGUCCGGAGGACAAUGCAGUCGACACAUUGCAGUCUGAAGUACAUACAAUAAAACUUAACAAAGGUUGGUGUUUGUUUCCAUAACAGAGUUCUGGUUUCUCGACGAAUGUCCAGGACCAGAAGAUUGCAAAUAUGUUUGAACUGUCCGUGCCUUUCCGCCAGCAGCACUACUUGUCAGGCCUGGUGCUUACUGAGCUGACUGUCAUUUUGGAUCCUGAUGCAGAAGGGUGAGUUUUACAAUUAUUCUGGGCAGGAUGGAAUAAUUCAAAGGAGAUCUAAUGUUUCACAAGCAGGGCUGCGUUCAAAUGUGAUAUUAGAGGGGAAAGAAAGGAAACAGGUACUUCCUCAAGUCCCAGCCACUCUCAAGCUCAGCACCUCUGCUUUGAUUGCUAUCCAAAGAUCUUUCCUACCAGAGCAACCUUUUUAUAUCAGUAUUAUGAGGCAGCCAUGUAUAUACAGGGUGAGAGCGUGGGCUUCUCCAUAAACAUAGUCACUUUCAUGCUGUUUCAUCUACCACAAGAUUGAAUUCAGUGCUAGUUCUACUGAGCAUAGACCCACUGAAGCUGAUGGGCAUGGCUAAUUUAGGUUUAUUAAUUUCAGCAGGUUACAACCCAUAGAGUCAAUGAGAACCCUAUUGAUGCAUGGAGCUCUGGAUCACAGCCAAAAUGUGGUAGUAUUAAGAUUUGAUUGCCAUAGACCUGGACACUAAUUGCCAUAGACCUGGACACCGUUUCCGUUAACCCCAGCUACACAGGGGUGUGGUCCCUGCCCUCAAAUCUGCCAGCAGAUUUGCAACUCUGUAAUUGGCUUACAUUUAUGUUAUAGAUAACCCCAUCUGGCAAAUAGGAGGUCUGUGUUUUUAACGUGGUUUCCGAUUCCCCAGGCAGCCUGUUGUAGUGCCUUUUAAUAAAAGCACCUCUUUGCAUGUGUGUAGUCUCUAGCACGUGGAUAUUUAGGUUGCAAGCCACACUUCCGGAUAAAAACAAGUUGUGGUGGCCACCAGGGACUCAGGAUGCAGCAACUAAGGCAAAGAUGCAGAAGUCUGAUAAGAAAUUUACAAAAUGGAGCAAAGAGGCAGGAAGUGUUAAGGGAGCCAUAGCAACCAAGUAUAACCAGCAGGAGAAAAAGAAAAAAAGGAACAGUAGGAGCAUUGAUAAGCAGCCCCUGCUCCCAUUGACUGGGCUUUGGGGGAACCACCACUGGUUGUCCUCCUGCUUAUUGACCCAUUACUUUCACUAUGGCGGUUGACUGAAAAGCAUUUGCUCCAUUGAUCUGUGUGGAGACAGGAGAGAAGCACCUGUAAAACUGGUUCACACCUUCAGCUGCUGCAAAGGUGGUGGGAGCUAAAUACACGUUUGAGGGCCACUAGGCUAAUGUUAAAGGGUUUGCAUAUCAACAAAUCCUGUUUCAGUGGUUAAACCAGGGGCCGUGAAAUUGCCAUCUCCAUGACCGUGAUUCAUUUACCACUUUACUGCAGGUGACAAAACGCUGGCAUCUUUUGAUACAGGUGUGCAACUGUAAGACACACUGCACACACAGACAAAUGCGGUAUCGGUGAGCGUGUUGGUGUAGGUGUGUGUUUACCAAGUCUUAUCUGCUCUAAAACUAUUAACUAAUCCUUCCAACCCUACUCGUAUCUUAACAGUUUGUUUGGAUUGCAUAAGAAAGUCAUCAACAUGGUACACAACUUGCUGUCCAGCCAUGACUCCGACCCACGGUACUCUGACCCACAGGUAAAGGCCCGGGUGGCUACACUGUACCUGCCUCUGAUUGGUGUGAUCAUGGAGAGUGUGCCCCAGCUGUAUGAUUUCACAGGUAUUUCGUAUGCUUUUUUCCCCCUUUUGCAUUAAGAAAAAUGGCAGAUUAACUGCCAGACAUGUUGUGCUGCUGCCUGAGUGCUGUCUUUCACUUGAACAAGUAACUUAAAAACCAACCAACCAACCAACCAACCAAGGGAUUCCUAAGUGACAUCCAGGAAAUGAGUGCUUAAAUCUUCAGGAGUUUGCAUCAGCAAUCAAAUUUUGCAUGUAGUCCCAAAGCUACACAGAAUAGGAUGUGUGCCAAUGUCUUCUCCACUGACCUGUUGCUAUCGCUGUUGAGUUCUUACUUGUUUUAUUUAAAAGGUUUCUAACACACACACCCCUUUUCAUCAAAAUGUAAUGUCAAGUUGGAAUACAAUCAUAUCAAUAAAUAAAGCACAACAAAAAUAAAACCCACAACAAUUGAGCUUUAAUGGCAGAUGCAGUCAGAUCUGGGCCAAUUAAUCAGAUCCCCUCAAAGCCUUGCUGAAAAAGAUAUUUAGUGGAUAGUGGGCCUCAUACAAGAUGAUAAUUGAUUGGGCUCACUGACUGAAGUGUUGGGUUUGUCUGUACACCAGUAUUUUAACAGGCUGAGAGUGCAAGAUACAGUUCUGCUGUUUAAGCUAAGCACAUCUAACCUGAUAAAUUGUCUGUAUGGAGUCAGUGUUGGUCCCAGAUUUUGAAAGGUCCUUGAGCAAGAAGUCCACUUCCCUGCCACUGUGUCCAUUCCCUGUCCAUUUGCCUUAGAUCUCUGGGCCCAGUUUGUACCAUAGCCCAGGAAUACACUUUUCCUUCUCCUUGUUCUUGUUACUGUUGGCAUGCCUGAGGAGGCCAGGGGAACAGGCAACAGCAACGAGGAAGAGGAGAACUAGGGAUCUCUAGGGGUCACAGUGGGGCACCAGCUAGAAUGUGAGCCUUGGCAGCUGCCUGACGAUACCAACUCCUGACAACAAACCUACAGUGCUGGACUGCAUAGAAUGAGGCAGGUUCAUAUGUUUCUAUUGGCAAACUGUUUGCAUGGUUGGUAUUCUAAACCCAGGGAAAGAGGCAAUGCUACACUUUCAUCCAGAUAAUUUAUGAGUGUACCUAGAACAUAGCUUUACUUGCUUGCUUGCAGUCCAGUGUGAAAGGCAUUAUUACUGCUUAGCCUCCAAGUUAAACAAUACUUAAGGGAAAAUUUGGGAGCUGAGUGGGAUAACCUUGUUGCAGUGGUGCUUCAUUGGGACUGGCUUGUUUCUCUACAGAAAACCACAACCAGCGCGGACGGCCAAGCUGCACAGCAAUGGAGGACUAUGAGAGCGAGGGUGGGAGCAUGAUAAGCCAGACGGUUGCCAUGGCUAUUGCAGGAACCUCCGUCCCUCAACUCACCCGUCCUAGCAGUUUUCUCCUAACGUCAUCGGUACAGAGAAGUGUUUUUCCUCUAGAACGCCUGUGAACAGACAAAUGUGCAUGUCCCGUGUUUGCAAGGCAGCAAGAGUGGGUGGCAGUCCUGAUCACAGAACACUACUCUCUCUUGGAACAUAGAGGGUGGGUGGGAGGAGGUGACGGAUAGAUUGCGCUGCAGCAAAAUUAUCUCUGUUCCUGGGAGAUAAUGGUGUAAUAAUAAACUCUUUGGCUGCACAUCAAGAUUUAAAACCUUGCUUCUCCAUUGUGAAACACAUUGGGGGGGGAAUGUAUUUUUAGUUAAAAUUCAGAGGACUUGCAUUAGGUCUGUUCGUUCAAUCAGUUUGAGUAUUUUGGUGCCUACUGAUGUCUAUCCUGUGUGGAUAUUGUGUGCUCCUUUAGAUGGCUUAGCAUUUUAUAUAUAUAUAUUUUUAAAAAACAUAUUGUGUGUUUUAUACUUCAUUAUUGCAAAUCACUUCAGGAUAGCAGUGUGAAGCAAUGGUUAAAAUGUAGCAAACUAACUAAACUAAUUAAUUAAUUAAUUUUAAAUGGAUUUCUAUUCCAUUUUUAAAUAUAUUUCUCAAGAAAGCAGAUGAUAGAUAGAUAAAUAGAUAGAUAGAUGAUAGAAUUGAAGUGAUUCACAGUGAUCCACUUCAUGGCUAUGCCAGUACUUAAAACCAGUGUAAUAAUUACAAUAAUGUUAUUAUUUAUAUAAUUCUGCUGUCCCAUAGAAUAUUUAAAGCAGAAUAAAGCAUACUAAUAAUAAUAAUAAUAAUUAAUAAUUAAAAUAAAUUCAACCAGACUCCUUCCAGAAGAACAGAAGAGUAGCUGGUUGAGUAAUAUUCUAAACAGAAGAAGUGGUCCUGAUUCUAACUGGUUCUUCCUGUGUUUUCAGACAAAUAGGCAGCAUUCAACAUUUUCAGCCGAGUCAAGUCGGAACCUUCUGAUCUGCCUCUUGUGGGUCCUGAAGAACGCUGAUGAAAGUGUCCUACAAAAAUGGUUCACGGACCUUUCUGUGCUGCAGCUUAAUCGUUUACUGGAUUUGCUCUACCUCUGUGUUUCUUGCUUCGAAUACAAGGUAUAGUAGCAGCAAGACAAUUACGCUCACAUGUUUUCCAGAGAAGUGAAGCGGUACAGGCAGAAAGCAGUGUACAUGUGUCCGAUUGAUGCGCGAUCAUGCACCUAGGCUGCCAGCCUAGAAGUGGCCAAAAAAUGGGGCAGGGCGAGGUAGGCUUAUACAUGCUCUGCCAACAUGCGCAGGGGUCAGGAACAGCACCCUCACACAAAAUGGUUGCCGCUGAAUUCAGAACCACACAACCAUUACUCAGUUAAAAGUGGAUCUUCUAAUAAUGUUUCCUUCGUGUUUCUCACCCUUUAAGUCUCCACCAAACCAAAUUCCCAUCAGAAAGGGAAAUUAAAUUCCUGUUUUCGAGCUUCUGGAGUCUUUGCCCUGCUUUGCUCAGCAUACAAUCCUUGGUUGGGAUUGUACCCACUGAACAUUCUUGAGAGCCAUUGAGUUAGUACCAUCUCCUCCUUGUUUGUUUGGAAGGGUCUUUCUCUGCUUUGUUGAAGGAACAACUGAUGGAUUCAUAUUUCUCCAUGAUUCACAAUUCUCUAGUUAGCCAAGGAUAGGCAAGAAAGCAAACUUAGGAUGAUUCAACACUACCAGCGCUAUUUUUCUAGGGAAACGAGGUGCCGGAACUUACCAUGAAUGCUUCCCUCGUUCUUUUAGAAUGACAGUGACGUCCCACUGGAGAAGUGCCAGAACUGAGUUCUGGCAAGUUCCGACUGAAAAAGAAGUCCUGAACGCUAGAAAUAUAUACCACUUUGUAGCAAGUUUAACUGCCUUAGCUUCCCCCAAAAGAAAGAUUAGAAGUAGAAUUUGUGGAUACUGCAAAUUCUGUGUGAGAUAUAGGAAGCUGCCUAAAUAAUUAGCUUUAUUUGUGUAUUAAAUUAUAAUGGGCUUUCUUUGUUUUUAAAAAGGGCUGACUCUUGUUUCAUGUUCCAUCCUCUUUCUUGUGACCUGUUCAGGGUAAGAAAGUGUUUGAAAGAAUGAACAGCCUGACGUUUAAGAAGUCAAAAGACAUGAGAGCCAAACUUGAAGAAGCUAUACUUGGCAGCAUUGGAGCGAGGCAAGAAAUGGUACGGCGAAGCAGGGGACAGCUGGGUAAGUUGACGCUUUCCUCUGACAGAAGGGGCUGAAAUGGGAGGCCCCCUUCAUGCACUGUGCUAAGGCGGCUCUGUGUGAUUGACAGGGAGAGCGGCCGCAGUUCUCCUGCAAGCAUUGACCUCUGCAGUGACAAGGCAGGCCAAGCAAAGCAAAUCUGCCUUGUGCAGGCUCAGGCUGAAUGCCAGAAAGAGGCAGAGCUUGGAUGUUGCUUCAGCAGCAGUCAGCCUCCAACUGAGUCCUGUAUAGGAGCAGUGAUUCAGUCCGCUUUUCAUGAAAGCUGCCCCAUGCCAGCAGUCCUUUACUCUGACAGGGCAGGGGAAACAUUGGUUGUACUGGGCCCUCUGCAGUGGAGCCCUCUGGAGUCAGCAAUGCGACAUUCCUUGAUACUGAGCUAGUCUUUAAUUUAUGAAUAGUAAACUAUCCUGAUAGUGUUAAUGAGAUAUUAUAGAACAAAGGUGGGGAACCUCAGACUCGAGGGCCAAAUAUAGCUCUUCAAACCUGUACAUUUGGCCCUCAAGGCUCCUUCCAGGUGAUGCCCCGUUCAGGACCCUGGCUCUCACUGCCCGUACUCUGCACUUCUUUGCGUGUCCUUGCAUUUUGAUGGUUCCUUUUACUACAGUGGUACCUCGGGUUAAGAACUUAAUUCGUUCCAGAGGUCCGUUCUUAACCUGAAACCUGAAGCACCACUUUAGCUAAUAGGGUCUCCUGCUGCCGCUGCGCUGCCAGAGCACGAUUUCUGUUCUCAUCCUAAAGCAAAGUUCUUAACCUGAGGUAAUAUUUCUGGCUUAGCGGAGUCUGUAACCUGAAGCGUAUGUAACCUGAAGCGUAUGUAACCUGAAGCAUAUGUAACCUGAGGUUACACUGUAUUUGGAUGGAGGUGUGUAUGUGUAAAACCAGUGUCUCUCCUCCACAUUUUGUGUGCAUGUGACUGAAAUGUAGCCCAAUGUACAAAGGGAAAUGUUACAUCUGUUGCCCGGCUCCCUUUUUUCUCAGGCCCCUGGUCCACCCCUGGUGUGUGGCCCCUAGAAGGGUGUUUAUGAAGGAAUGUGGCCCUCCAGUUGAAAAACGUUUCCUUCUCCUGUUUUGGUAGAUAGUGUUGAUUUACUCACACGUUUGCUUGGAAGCUGGUUCAUUUUGUAUUGAAAGGAUUAGUCAACACUGAUGAUAAUUAAUUUUAAAGUGCAAUAAUCAUUUAAUGUGAGGUUAACCAUUCAUUGUGUGCAAAGGGUGUAGUCAUGAUACCUCAUUUAAUUUGUCAAACACAGCAGUCAAAGAUUAAAAAGUUAAAAGCAAUUUUUUUAAACCUUUGCUUGGCAGAAAGAAGUCCUUCUGGGAGUGCCUUUGGAAGUCAAGAGAACCUGAGAUGGAGAAAGGAUAUGACUCACUGGCGACAGAACACGGAAAAACUUGACAAGUAAUGCUACCUUACCCAUAAUAAUAAUAAGAUAAUAAUAAUAAUUUAUUAUUUAUACCCCGCCCAUCUGGCUGGGUUUCCCCAGCCACUCUGGGCGGCUUCCAACAGAACACUAAAAUACAAUAACCUAUUAAACAUUAAAAGCUUCCCUAAACAGGGCUGCCUUCAGAUGUCUUCUAAAAGUUUGCUAGUUAUUUUUCUCUUUGACAUCUGGUGGGAGGGUGUUCCACAGGGCUGGUGCCACUACCGAGAAGGCCCUCUGCCUGGUACCCAAACAUUUUAACGUUGAAAUGGCCAAUUGGCCAAGAUAGGGACUGCCUUGCUUCUCACAGUAUGAGCAGGUCUGGACCUGAACUGAGAUAGGACUAACCUCAGAAGAAUAGCGCUGUCACACACGUGUGUUCUUUAUUUAAAAGAACAGGAGGUUGCAAUCCUACACCCACUUCCCUGGUAGUAAGUGUCAUUAAACUCAAUGGGACUUGCUCCUGACUAGACUUGUAUAGGAUUGUGCUGUAAGGGAAGAUGACCAAUGCACUGGUAAGACGGCUAUAGGAUGCUUUAAGUUGCAGCCAAGAGUAACUAGGUGUAAUUGCAUGUGUGCCAUCGGUCACUCCAUUCUGGAGUUCUCCAAGCUGACUCCUCUCCUACCCUAAUCCAUCACUUUGAUUAUUUUCCCCACAUGUGCUGUGUUUUUAGAAGCCACAAACCAGCCAGGUACUGUAGCACUGGUGUACUGCUGUGUUUAAUUUUUUUCCCUGUUGUGCAUCUGUACUUUUGCUAUGGCAACUCUGGCUUUUGGCGCUUGGCAGCAGCUUUGUAUGCCUGUCUGUGACUUCAGUGGUUCCUUUUGUUGUACGAGUGCCUGCUGGGGUUUGAAAUGGUUGGGGUGGGGUGUUGGUUAGGUGUAGGACUUACGGUUGCAACUUUGCUUGGCAUGCUUUUUGUCUUCUAAUAAGGCUCUGAGUGCAGGUUUUGUUUGACUGAGGUGCUUUGCAGAAGGUCUGUGGGUUUGUUUGUUUUUUGCAACAUGACUUGGCUGUGAAGUGUGAGGGGGGGUGUGUGUGUGUGUGCUGCUACAGGGUAUCCCUUUUUCCCCCCAUAGCGCUGGGCACGUCUGAACUUUGGUGUGAAAAUUGCAGUUCCCUGACAGUUCAAUUAACAUUACAUCUUUUUGAUGUAGUCUUAAUUUGAUCCUGGUAAAAAUUUUGGAGGUGUUUGGUUAAAGGUUCCACCAGCCGAAAUGCAAAAAGGUCACAUGGCGUAUAAACUGGAGGCAGGAAUAAACUAGAGAUCUGUAGAUCUCCUUUUAAGAAUUCUAGAGCACUCUCCUUUUCAAAGCCUUUGCAGCACCAGCAAGACCAGGGCAUUCACUGCCUUCUGUACAAUUCAGUUUUGCCUAGCACAGUGUGAGUGUAUGGACAGUGCCCUUAAAACAUAUUUAGCCCUGGAGAUGUUCAUUGUUGAGCAAGAUCUCAGUCCAGCCUGCUGAUGCAUCAUCUGCUGGACAGCUUUCUCCUUUUCUGCCGAAGGCUCUGUCCGACUCAGAAAUAAAUGUGGGAAAGGCGUGACUCAGUGGUAGUGCAUAUGCUUUGCAUGUAGUAAGGUCCCAGGUACAAGCCCUGCCAUCUCCAGGCUCUACAAAAGCUUUCUCUUCAUGUAAGGACUGCAGUAGAAGUUGCCCUUGUGCACGCACACACAUCCCUAGAGGGAAGGAGGAGCUUGAUGCUCCUAGUAGGAUUUUUAGCAGACAGCUAGUAUUGACCAAUUGAAUUAUUAUUAUUAGUUUAUUAUCAUUCCCUGCCCAUUUGGCUGGGUUGCCCCAGCCACUCUGGCCAGCUUCCAACACAUACUUCAAUGGAAGUCAAGUGGAAUAAUUAGGACUAAAUUCCACUUUUCCAACAAUGUGCCAGUAAAAAUGAUGUUGCUCGGUCUGUUGCUAGCAGUGCAUAUUGCCUGCUCCAGAUUGGUGCAUACAGUAGCAUGUACUGCUACCAUUUAUGACAGAUCAUUGCCGGCUUUUGGGAAGCAUGUAUGGUGCAUUAUAGCACCGCAGGACACCAGCAGGACGUUUCAUACAUCACAUAGACAUUUCCACUGGUAACUACUAGCUAGUAAUGUUCGUCAGAAAUUUAUUCUCUUAGCGCCACCAUGUGUUCACAUCAUAAAGUGUCAUGCUGUCUUCACUGAUGUAAAGAUGAAUAAAAAGAUACUCAUUUUCUUCAGUGUAGCCCUAGUUUCCCUUACCAAACUGUGUUUCUGCAGCACACUUUGUAAUUUUAAUCCUUUGGCUUUCAUGAAGAAACAGUGGGCACCAUUAGCAGGGAAAGGCCCCAUAACUUUAUGAAAGGGAGGAUAUAUACAAAUCGUGUUAGUUAGGAUUCAAAUAACUACUUCAGGUGUGCCAACUCAGACAUGUCCAGGAGGAGCCAUAGAUCAGUGAUAGUGCACAUAUUUUUCAUGAAAGAAAAAUCUCUUGGUUUCUCAAGAGAAGAGGGCUUCCUGAGACCUUGUCUCAGUUUGUCCAUCCAGUGGGCUAUUUUUCUUUGAAGAGCUGCCCCAUUCCACAUCACAAAAUGCUGUUGAAAGUCUCUUCUGUUUUAGUAGGCUUUUGCCUGGUAGCACAGUAGGGACCCAAGCAACCUUCUGAAUAGAAGUGGUUUGAUAAGAUUUGGAAGACCAUAAUUUCCUACAAACUUAGCAAGUGCAACAAUCCCACUGAAUUUUUUUAACAGUGCAGUGGUUUCAGUUUAUCUUCAAGCUUCUCAUCAGAUUCCUACAAAAUACAAACACACACACACACACACACACACACACUAUCAGCUGUUAAAGUAACAUCUCCUUAAGCAAGUGAUGAGGAACCUGUGGUCCUUUGUAUGUCAGUGGAUCCCAACUCCCAUAGGAUCCAGCCACUGUGGUCAACAGUUAGGGAUGAUGGGAGUUGUAGUCCAACAACAUUGGGAGUGCCAUGGGUCCCCCACUGCUGUUUUUCUCUCACUGUACUCCCAAGCUUAUCACGAACAUGCUAAUGUGGUUUUCUUUUUCUCUUUAUCGUUUAUUACUCUGCUCCUCAUUUUGUUGCAAGCUUUAUUAGCUUUAUUUUAUCUUAAAGUUCUUAUAUCAUGUAAGCCAUUGGUCCACCCAGCCCAGUAAUAUCUGCUUUGAUUGGCGGUGGAUCUCUAGGUUCACAGGCAGAGGCCCUUGACCAUAGGCCAUGCUGCCUGGGCCCUGAUAGGAGCUGGAGUCUGAUAACAUCUGGAGGGCCAGAGGUUCCCCAUCCCUGCUUUAGCUGGUGAUGCUAGGUGUUGAGCCUGUUUUUGAUGGUUCCCACUGCUAAAGUGUUCUGUUAGAGCAUGGUGAUUAUCUGAUAAGCAAUCUUAUUUCUCCAGCUGCAACAAAAAGUUUCUUUUCCUCGCUUCUCCAAAGAAAAUUUAUUUUUAAUGCUUUUUUAGAUCGCGAGCUGAGAUAGAACAUGAGGCUCUUAUCGAUGGCAACUUGGCAACGGAAGCAAAUCUGAUCAUUUUGGAUACUUUGGAGAUAGUAGUCCAGGUGAGAAUGAUAACCUUCCCAGUGCUCUGAAUGCCUGAAGAACGGAUAGUAGGCAAGACUAGCAAUGCCCCCUGUAGAAAGUGUAUUCUGAAAUGGCCACUCUCUCUCCAUUGCACAUGUUCGCAGUGCUUCCCUUUGCUGUGACUUCUGUCUGCAACAGCCCUAAAAUGACUUCCCUGCCUCUCUUUUUUCCAUUGUCUUUGGUUACAGACGGUCUCCGUGACCGAGUCCAAGGAAAGCAUUCUUGGCGGAGUGCUGAAGGUUCUUUUACACAGCAUGGCUUGCAACCAGAGCGCUCUUUACCUGCAGCAUUGCUUUGCUACGCAGAGGGCCUUGGUGUCAAAGGUGAGUGUCCUGAGGAUGGGAGGGCAGCAUGGAGUUACAAUUUCACUUCAGUAUUCAACUUCUUUUCUGAUUUGGAAAGUGUUGGACCUCCACAGUGGUUUCCGGCAAACUGGGCUGAUGAUGGCCUCCUUUACUGGGAGCGGGCGCGCAACUGGGUCAAGUUGAGCCCACGAUGAUUGUGGUGCAAUUAAUUCAACAUUGUGUUGGUGUUUGGGGUGCAGCCACGACUGCUGAAUGCUUGUCUCUCGCGCUGUCCUUCUAGUUCCCAGAACUGCUCUUUGAAGAGGAGACGGAGCAGUGUGCUGAUUUAUGCCUCCGACUCCUGCGCCACUGUAGCAGUAGCAUCGGCACCAUACGCUCGCAUGCCAGCGCCUCCCUGUACCUCCUCAUGAGGCAAAACUUUGAGAUUGGGAAUGUAAGUAUAGCAUGGGGCAGCAAAGCCCUUUUGCAGCCAAAGGGCCACAUUUUAUUCUGGGCAGCAUUUUGAGGGCCGCAUGCCAAUGGUGGGCAGGGCAAGAGGGAAAAGUGGGUGGAGCAACAAAUCUAAAUUUUAGAUUUGUACAGUAGGCUAGCUUUUGUACACAAUUGCACAUCCCUUUCUGUCCUCCAUUCAGACACAAGGACACAUUCCAUCCAAGCCAAAAUACAAAGAGGGUGAUGCAGGGCCAGUGAGGGCCGGGGGGGGGGGAUUACAGAGGACCAAAUAGAGAGGGCUGGAGGGCCUCACUGAGGCCUCUGGCCUGAAGAUACCCACCCCUGGUAUAGUGUUUCUGUAAGCAUGGGGUGCAAUGCCUAUUCAAACUGGUGCAAGAGAGGACAAGUGAGGAGCACUGAUUUUUUGAGGGUCAUAUAUUUUAAAUGGGAAUAGUCACACACAGACCAAAAGGCUUGUGUCGUCUUUAAAGGAGAACACUUUAAUCUGGAGUUAAACAACUCAGCUAUAAAUUAAUCAUAUGGAUGGAUGGAUGGAGUUCUGGCCAGACCCCCUUCAGGAAAAUCAAACGUGUUUGCUGUACUUUUUGGUUUGGGACUGCGAUGCCUAUUAAGCUGGUGUUGUCACCUGACGUUAUUGGUGCAGUAACAAUUUUUUGUUUGUUUGUUUCAGAACUUUGCCAGAGUGAAAAUGCAGGUGACCAUGUCACUCUCAUCUUUAGUAGGAACAUCUCAGAAUUUUAAUGAGGAGUUUCUGAGACGUUCUCUGAAAACCAUUUUGACCUAUGCUGAAGAGGACCUGGAACUAAGGGAAACAACGUUCCCUGAUCAGGUUAGGAGGAAUAGUACUUGACAUAGAUAAGUAUGGGUUGUUUUAUUUCCUUAAGACCCACAAUUUUCAGCUUACUUGCUUUUAGACUCAAUAGGAUGUUGAUCCAUAUUGGAAUUUCUGAUGAUGCAAAACCUGAAUGUGAACAUGGAGUGAUACAUGAAAAUGUAAUCAGAUGGGGGGGGGGGCUUCAGGUCCCAUAAUCCUUGACCAAUGGAUGUGCUGACUGGGGCUGAUGGGAGUUGAAGUCCAGCAACAUCUGUGGGGCAUCAGAUUGGAUAUCCCUAGUUUGUUUGUUUUUUUGAGGUGAGGGUUUCUUUUGUAUUUGUGUUGUGCUCUGCAUCACUCUGAAAUCCAAUCUGAUGGAAGUUGGUCUAAAAAUGUCUCACAUAAAAUAAAAUAACAAUAAAUAAUUGUGUUAAGGUUCAAAACCAGACAGAUUAAAUGGUGAAAUGAACAACAACAAAAAAUGAAGUCUGACUUGACAUUUCUAAGAAACUGCUCAUCCACUCAAAUAAUUCAGUCCAACUUUGCUGAAUGAAUGAAUGAAUGAAUGAACAUAGAAUUAACAAAUAUUGACUGGCGAUGAAUGCAAAAUUUGAAAUACUGGAGGGGAACAUGAUGUCUCCCUGGCAGGAUUCGUUUUUUAAAAAUAAACAAUGGCAAGUGAUUUUCACAAUUGAAUUCCUGUCAGACAAAUUCGAAGUAACCAACAAAUCCUUGUUUUGCACAGAAUAUUUGUUUCAGAUACUUUCCCUCCCAUUUCAGGUCCAAGAUCUUGUGUUCAACCUCCAUAUGAUCCUGUCUGAUACAGUUAAGAUGAAGGAGCACCAAGAAGACCCAGAGAUGCUUGUGGACUUGAUGUACAGGUACAGUUUUACUGGAUAUUUUGCCGUCUUAAGAAAAUGUGAGUAAGUAAACAUACACUGAUAGGACUCUCCUGGGUUUUUGAAAACUAGAAUUGCCAAGGGAUACCAGAAUUCCCCAGACCUACGACUCACCUGGCUACAGAACAUGGCUGGGAAACACUCAGAGAGAAGCAAUCAUGCAGAAUCUGCACAGUGUUUGGUCCACUCUGCAGGACUCGUUGCUGAAUACUUGAGCAUGCUUGAGGAUCGGAAAUAUCUCCCCGUAGGAUGCGUUACAUUUCAGGUAAUGCUCUUUGUUUACAAAACCGCAAAGCUGGGCUUCUUGCCUUUCCACAAAGCAAUGAUGUAAGCCCCCCAGAAAACAUAGCGUUGUCUAUAUUAAAAGAACAUUUCCCAAAAAUUCAUGUGAUGUAAUUGCAUUGCUCCACUUUGGCUGCUGGUACAAUACAUUGAAGACACAUUAGCUAAAAGCUCUUUCUAUUAUUAAUUCCAGCCACGUACAAAGGAAUUUGCCAUACUUGUUUACUUGCUGCAUAAUUCCUAAAGUAGUUUGGUUUCAUGUUUCUUCUCAAAGAGGAUGGGUCAUUGGUACAGUGGCUUUCCCCCCUAAAAAAGAACAUCUUGUGGGUAAACCUGUAUUCCAAAUUAACAUUCUGUAGAGCAAAAACAAAAAACUAAAGUUUAAUUGCAUGUUACUAUGUUCUCGAAGCUACUAACAUGAAUUUGACCAAACUGCGGGAGGCAGUGGAAGACAGGAGUGCCUGGCAUGCUCUGGUCCAUGGGGUCACGAAGAGUCGGACACGACUAAACAACUAAAAAACAACAACAUGUUCCAUUAGAGUAGGACUUCGGCAGAAUGGAAGCUGCUUUGGUUUCAGACUUUGCGGCAGAGCAUUGCCUAAACCUGGUGAUGAAUGAAUUUUAAAUAGGUUUUUUUCAGUGUCCCUGGAACUGUAACUGCUGAAAGUAAACGUUAUAUAUUUCCUCAGAACAUCUCCUCAAACGUCUUGGAAGAAUCUGCAGUUUCUGAUGAUGUCGUAUCGCCAGAUGAAGAAGGAAUAUGCUCGGGAAAGUAUUUUACUGAAGCAGGUCUGGUUGGAUUGCUGGAGCAAGCUGCAGCCUCUUUCUCCAUGGUAGAAGAGUUUAAUACAUGUAUUUAGUACAGUACUCCCUUAUGGUUGCAUAGUAUAUACGAUCAGUGUCCUGCAUUGGGGUGGGGAACCACAGGCCUGAGGGUCAAAUGCAGGCCUCUGGAUUAUCCCCAGGCCACACCCCUUCUCAUAACAUGGCCCCUCCCCCUGGACCCCACCUCUCACCUGCUCUGCAUUCUUCUCAAGUGUUCUUGAGCUGCGAUAAAGCCUCUUGUUUGUUUGAAUGGAGAGAGAGGGAGGGAUGUGGACAUAGAAACCUCUGGCUUGAAUACAGCCUAGCAUACACAGGUGAGAAUCACAUCAGUUGUUUCGCCCACUUUUGCCUCUGGCCACACUCACAGCUGGAAUGGGGAAUUUCCAGGUGGGAAUGCAGGCCAGAAAAUAGUUCCCCACCCCUGAUCUGCAUGUAAGUAAACACUGGGCGCAACUCAAAUGCACAAUGAAAAGUAUAGAAGCUUCAGUUUUUGCAUUUCAGCUGCUCAGCUGCACUGAAUUCAGUCGUUUAAGUGGCAGCAGCAUUGACUCAAGUUGCUUGCGAACCAGCCCACGUAUUUUGUGCCAUUGGGAUCAUGGCUAAGCUGGUUCUCCAACAUGCUGUGCUAAAUCAGGAUCCAACUGGAAUGUGCAUUCAGAAGUUGCUAUGAAACCUUGUUCAGCACUACAGUUCCUCAAAUUUCUGUGUCAUCAAGGUUGGCCUUGACCAUGUAGUGUUAGGAAGCUUCUGUCUGUGGAUUGGAACACAGUUUUAUAUAAUCUUUAAAAAGGCUCUCAUUCCAUGGGCUGAAGCAAACAUGCUGGCAUCCCAGCACAGCUGCUACAUAAGCUGUUAACUGCUUCCUUCACACAUGGACCAGCACAUGAGCUGGGAGUCUUAAAUCAGUAUUCAUCAAGUUUAAAUGGGCCUUUGAUGCAUGGAGUCUUGCAAACUUUUGGCAAAAUGUACAUUUCCACAGGUCUGACACACGACUGAUACUUAUAUCAGGCAUUACUUAUUCCAUCUCAGUAACCAAAUAAUCCCAAGCAAGUGUUUUAAUUUCAUUAUUGUAAUAUAAGCAUUUUAAUAACAUAUUGUACUCAGGCUGUUGCAUGUCUGUUUUUUUGAUGGAUCGAUAAAACCACCUGACAUGGACACUGUUUUGUAGGCUGGCAUGUAUGAAGCAGUCAACGAGGUUUACAAAAUCCUCAUUCCAAUUCAUGAAGCUAACAGAGAUGCCAAGAAGCUUGCCACAAUUCACGGUAAACUCCAGGAAGCAUUCACCAAAAUAGUUCAUCAGGUAAUGACUUAGGCUCUUGCUUGUAGUGUGGAGAUCCUUAAAAGUAUUUGUGUCAUUUUCCCUUCAAGUUACAUUGAAACCUCAAUGGCAGUUGUUUUCCAGGUCAUCAAAGCAUUCAAAAUAUGGAGACCUUGUGGACAAUAUUGCAAAGUGUAAAAAAUCAGCAAAACUAGGCAAAGAGAGCAAUCAGAUAAGUCCUAAUUUUUCCAGAGCCAUUCACCUAAGUCAGGUUACUCUAAUGUAGUGUACUGCAAAUUCAUUCCUUGCUUGUGUUUUCCAGGCUAGAGACUGACUUCACAACAUGUGAAAGUGUAGUUAAGGUGUUUUCAUACUGCAAUCCUGUUUACUCCCAUUAGUUACUUAGCUGUAAGUAAGCGGGUAUAAUAUUGCAGCCCAAAGCUAUAUAUAGCUGGACAGCCUGGGGAUUUAAUUUUGCUCUUUUGCAUUUUGAGCUACCUUUUUGGCAGGUAUCUCUUUUUUGGUGCUGCAACAUCUCUCUGCUUGUGCAAACCGUGACCUGCAUUGUAGAGGCUGCGUAGUAAUGAAUGACUCUACUUUUGGGUGUGGAGAGGUGGGCUGGAAGUGUCACUGACAGAUGGCUCCAUGGGCCAAGAGAAGAGCCCAGUGGAGGCAUUAAAGCUCCCAUGUUCAUCAGCAAGGGAAGAAGAAGUGAGACUGCUGCAAGCAGCCCUCUCCCAUCUCACACACUCCAGUCUGUGCCCUGUCAUGUUGUCUGCAUCUACAGCACAAAUGUUGGGGUGGGAUGGGGUUCUCGCAUGUAUAGUUAUAGAGACGAAGGACCCCUCUCUGCAGACAUUCAUGCAGCACACGUGGAUACCAAGAGAAGAGCAUGUGACUCAAUGCGGUCCUGCUUCUUCCAUGUUGAUGAGUGCAACAGCUACAUUUUCUAUGGUAUGUGGGGGCCAAAACAAGGGCAAGUUGGCACCACAGCAGCUGGGAUCAGAUUAGACUCUAAGCAAAACUUAAGGCACAUUCCCAGGCAGUUCAGGCUAACGGCAGCUGAAUUUAACCAUGGUUAAUUAACAUGAAAGCUAAUGUUAAGCAUGCCCCCUUAAGCAUUUGAAACCAGGAUUUGAAGCUGAACAGUGGGUGCCUGGGCACAAAAUUGCAGCCAGCUGUUGUCCAUAUACUGAUAAAUGAGGGCACUUGCAUCUGUGCAGGGCCUCCAGAGGCUCUGCUAGAUUGAGGCUAUUAUUUUCCAUUUUCGUUACAUUUUUACUUCCUGAAUUUAGCAGGGAGAUACUGUUUGGACAGCUGGUUGUGCCAUAUGAUUAUUUUUAACUGGAGCUCGAGCACAAAUGAAGAAUGGUUUGCAUUUUGCUUUACGGAUAUAAACAACAAUGACACAAAAUGAGUACUGCCAUUCAUUACUUGGGAACUGCAGUUGUGUUCCACAGCAUGCCGUUCAGCGCGCAAAAACUGAAUUCCUCCAGCAGGACUAACCAGGGUUUCAAUAGCUGAACUUCAGGCUGGAAUGGUGAAUGCAAUGUAAUAAUUUCCGAUUGCCAGAGGAUUUGCAUUUACAUUCGAUUUCCAGCGCCUGAUAAUGGAGCUUCUUCAUACUUAAUAUUCUGGGCUAUGAAACGAAAGGCUAACUUAAAUGUGUGGCAGCUAAGCCAUUUCAAGUGCAUAGCACCUUAUUGUUGAUGGUUAUGUUUUGGCCUUUGAAAAGGAGCUGGUCUUGUUCCUGUGACAUACCUUUUUGUUUUUUGUUUUUUUUUGUUUUACUUUUUAUUACGCAGAGUACUGGCUGGGAGGUAGGUAAUGUUUUAGUUAGUAAAGAACACUAAUAGAUUGGUCUGAUGAUGACUCCUGCCCAUGCUUUGCCCACAUGUGCUAGCUGUGGGUAUUUCUGUUGCUGUCUGCUAUUGACCUGAAUUAAUUAACCAAAGAAGUAUCAGUAAAACUGUUGUGGUCAUUUUAGACAAUUUAGGUAGUGCAUGAAUGCAUUUGUAUUAUGACACUAAUGAGGUUCUUUGGUGAAUGAGCCACUUUUUACCAUCACUAGUUUGUUAUUUUUGUAUUCCAUUUCUCAUCAAUAUUGACACAGAAUACCAUUUCUUCCUACCAUAUUUUCACCCCCCAACACAGGGGUCGAUUUAAGUUCUAAUGCUCAAAGACCUUGAAUGCAAAAAACUGUUUCCCGUUAGAAAGACGUUCACUCGUAUCCUAACGUAUAACUGUAGUAUUAAUACUCUUCUGCUACAUUAAGCUCUGAGCAAGAGUGAAAUGAACUUGAGUUUAGUCCCAGCUCUCAAAUCUCUUAAGAAUUAGGUCAUGGGCUUCAACUGGGUGCCAAGAUAGAGUCUUUUGUACAAAAUUCAAGAUGUACAAAAUUCAAAUUCCUCUGCAGCAGUUCAGUGACCUGAUACAACUGAUUCUGAUGUAUGUCUGGACCCAAACCAUGAAAAUAAUCCUUGAAGAUCUUGUGGGAGAUACAAUCCACCAACCUUGCCCUGGCUUGUAUAAGAAUGCCAGUUUCAUCAUCCCAUGGACUGGGGGAGGGUCUACAGAGAAUUAUAUGAAAUAGAGACUCUGCCUCAGCCUUUGUUUUGCUGAAAAGAUUUCCUAAGAUUCAUGAAGCAAGCUUAGAGGUUGUACAGUUCCCUUGCUUCCUGGACUGUGCACUACCUCCCGAAACCUUAGAAUUCUGCCUUUGAGAUUUGUGGUUAGUGCCCAGACUUUGACAAAAAGCAGAAAGACCCCUUUUGUGUUAUUUGAUUAGCUGUUUGGAAGUUACUGAUAUGGUUCUAAUAUGGCCCAUCAUACUGAGCAAAUUUCCAGCCCAACUGCCUUUUAGAUGAUCAUGCCCCUUAAAGACUUGCACAUUUAUUUUUCAGACAUCUCAAGAUUCUUGGUUCUUUUUGCUGCAACGGCCUAAGAUGGCUAUCUGUCGGGAAAUAGUUAUAAUGGAAAAUACUGCAACAAAUAUCCAAGACUAUAAAUAGAUAAGUUUGAACGUGGACACCUUCAUUUUUUGUCACAGGACAGGCACAUUCUUGAGAGUGGCAUGGUUUGCACAUAACACUAAGACAUGGUUUAAUAAAUCAUGGUUUAAUUUUCUCGCCUGAACCCCGCCCAGUAGCUUAAUCAUGGUUUAUUAACCACAAGCAAAUUAUGCUAAUAAGCCAUGGUGUGCUUUUUGUUUAGAAACCCCGGCUUAUGUUAACCAUGGCAUAAAGCUCAGUGUGAACUCAUCCAAAAUCAGAUUCCCGUUGAAAUAAUUGGUGGUACAGGGCACUUAAGUAUGUAAGCCCUUCUGAUUUCAGUGGGACUCGAGUACCUCUAAUUUCCUUACAGUUGUGUCUAAAAUGUACCAAUCAAACCUCCAUCCUCAUUUAAAAACAAUAGAAGUGUCUCCAAAUACAUAUCUUUUAUAUACACCAACGCAGACCAAUUUUGUAAGGAAUUUUAAGAAUUUGGUACGUAGCUGAAAUAUGUGUGUUUUGCAUUCUCUUGUUGUUGUUAGUAAAUAUGUGAAUAGUUUUUGGAUUCCACCUCCCCAAAAGCUGUACAAGUUCUGAUUUCUGCUUCUGAUUUUCUCUGACUAUGUUGCUCUGUCAGAUAAGAGGCCGGCUCUCUUGUUUAGAGCUUUGGUUCAGAAGAGCAAUUACAGACAAGUCAAAGCAUCAUCAAGGCAUGUAAUAUCAAGAGUGCUAAUUCCAUGACCCGCCAUCUGCAACGAGAGGCUUGGGGACCCAAAAUCAGUUUUGGAGCUGGUGUGCUUUUUUGUACCACCUGGGAGCUGGCCCAAGCACGUGCAGCCUUUUACAAUGCCCACUUUAACCGAAAGGCAAAGUUCAUGUCACACAGACUCUCCAUUUAGCUCAAGCGCUUGCUUGAAGUGGCACCCAUACAGUUUGGUUGCUUCCGUCAACUGCACCAUGAUUCACCUCCCCCCGAAGGGUUUCCCUGGUGGUGUUAAAAUUGGCACAAAACCACAGCAAAAGGCAGUUUGUGGCUGUUCCAUUAAUGGGACGACAGCCUGCGAGCAUCUUUUCUGAUCAAUGUGUGUGAUGCUAAAUCGACCCCUGAAGUAUAUCCUGUCAUCAGUUACAAUUUUAACAUUAUUCAGUAAUGUUCUAUUGCAUGGUAAAACACACCCAUGGUUUAUGUUCUUGUCCACUGCUUUGCACUUGAACUUUCCUCUUGCUGGACUUUUUCCUUCUGUGUGGCCUUUUAAUACCCAUUGCAUGUUAUUUACCCAGUUCCAGUUUUUAAAAUACUUUUUUUGUUUUGUUUAUUUGCUGCCAAAUGCUGCUUAUUUGUUUUGGAUUUUCCCUAAUCAAAAUACUUUCUGUUUUCUCCUCUAUUGCCCUGGUUGCUGAUCCUCCUCCCCACUUUUACUAUUGUCUGUUGUGGUAAGUUCCUACUAAGUUGUUGGUGUUUUUUUUUUUCUUAAACUCCCAUGGCAUCCCCCAAUAAUUUCAUUUUACCAAUGACUUAUGCCAGCUCAGGGGUUUAUGAAACGCCACACAAAUCAAUCCCAAUUAGGUUUGUACGGAAAAAACUUCCCAGCUAACUCCUAAAGUUAAAUGUUCGUGGAGGAGUGGUUUUUCCUUAUGGAAAGGGGGUUGAACUUAAGUAGGCCUUUUGGCUUCUUCAACUCUGAUGUUACAAAUUCAAAUGCCAGGUUAGCCAUUUCACUGCAAUGAAAAAUGUGGCAUUAUUGACUCUGAUCAGACGGCCUUGGGCAUAUUUGCACUUCCCUGUGGAUAACAGCAGGGCCAAAUUCGGCGACAAUUUUUGUUGUUUUUGGCUAAGUAAAUCCAGUUGGCAAAGGUUUUGGUUCAUGUGCAGAAGGAGCCUCUUAAAACUUUGUACCCAACAGAUAUUUACCAUGCAUAACAACAUAUUAUGAACCCUUCAUAAGUCAUGACGGCUGUUAUACCUGCUCUGCCAGUUCUGUAAUGACUCUACAGUGUUCACCUUCAUUCUCUUUGCCUACCAAGGAGCUAUUAUUUUUUCUCAAAAUAAUAGAUUUAAAUGCUUUAUAAUAACUUCCUUUCUCAUAACUGCAUUUUAGCACCUCUCAGAAACAAAGACCAUGGACUUUUAAUUUGUUUUGUUUGCUUGAAAGCAAGGGUUUUGAUUUCUGUGAAAACCUUUGGGCAAAAUUAUAGAGCCUUCAUGUAUUCAGAACACACUUGGAACAAUAACAUGAUGACAUAUGAUGUUAUUGAUGUCCCCAUCUUUUGCCUGUUGUUUAUGGAACUUUGUGCUUUGGUUCUUGUGUUGCACACAUUCCAGCAUGCUCUGGGUUGACAUUUCCCCAAAAUCUUCCUAGGCAUUGAUCCAUCAACACCCCCCCAUUCCCCUCCCCACAAAUUAAUGGAAGCUAAAUGGAAAGAACCUUCGUUAUAAACACCACCUCCUAAUUUGUCUUAGGUGACCAUUGUUAAAGCUUAGAAUGAUGCUUAUUUAUUUGAAACUCCAGUCAUAAUAGUACUUUUGAUUCAUUACAUAAGUUUCCUUAAGUGUCUCAUGAUGUUGCCAAGAUUAUUAAUGGAAGUUAGAGCAAUUAGCAGACAAUGCUGCCCAAGCCAAACAGCUUACCUUUCCUACUACAAAAAUCAAGGAGAACCCUAAAGUUUGUGGCAUAUGUGGAGGGGGAGCCUCCAGGAGAGCAAGUUGGGUUCUCUAAAAGCCUAGAGAGAGUUGCAGAGAUUUAGAAGGUGCCUGCUCAUGUGUGGACAAGCACCGUCAGCCAUAAAAUUACCUGUUGUCCUUCAGUCCUUUUUAUCAAGUUCAUUGUCGCUUUUAUGGAACAUUGCAUACUUUACACUUUCCUACAAGGUUCUUAUGAUGCACAUAAUUCAUAAGUGAAUUAUGCACGUGUUGUCUAUUUUGCCACAUGUUGUGUGUGUUCAGAAGCAGCUGUGAUUCCCACUGCAUGUGCCAAGCUAAGUAUGUGUGUUUUCUGCCAAUGGCGGUCAGUGUACAUGCCUUUCCCCCGCAAAUGGAAGCAAUAUCACUGUCCGAGAAACAUCAUGUACACAGUGGCCCUGAGUGACUUCUAAUGCUUUGGAUUGUCAUUGGGGAUAACAGUAAGUGGAUUUAUGUGGAUGAAAGCCAUAAGGUACAAGUGUUCAGAGAGAGAGAAGAGUGUUCCACAGUUGUAGGAUACACAUAUAAUUAUGAAUAUAAGCUUAAAUGCAACCCAGGCGCUUAACUUAGAGAUGACAUCAGAGUGGCUGAAAUGUAUUUGAGGGUCUUUCUCAAUUUUCAUGGAACACUUGAUACCGUCCACUGGUACAGAGGAUAUGCUGAGGGAUGUCAACUCUGGUAGCUUACUUGAGUCAACCUUGUUUUUAUAUAGGCCAGUUGGGAUUAACACAGACUGAAGUUGUCUGUGCUACUAUUCCAAGACGGGGGAAAUUAAUCUGUAGUCUUCCCAACACUGACUCCCUGCCCAUUCUGCAACUUCUACUUUUUCCUUAGGGUCGUGUAAGUAGUCCGUUGGCUGUUUCCACCUUCCUUGGCAGUUCAUGGGCCUGCUCCAGUUUCUGUCCUGGGUAUUGACCAAUCUAGUUAACUAUCAGAAUCUUUGUUUAUGGCCACAGCAGAUUACCUGUCAUUGAAGAGCAAUGUCACAUGAGAGGUUGGCGUUAUUGCAAAAGUAGGCAGGUGUUCGCAGGACUGCUCUUCAGUAGUCCAGGCUAGGCAGUCAGAGAGUGGUAAGGGGUGGUGACUUCUCAUCUUCUCAGGACCUUUUCUAUAAGGUCCAGUAGCAUUUUACUCUGUCAUCCUAUUCUGCUGGAUGUAUGGGGCAACAUCAUGAAAAUGGAGUGUCCUGAUGGCAUUAUUUAUUUCUCUCUCUAAUCAACCUGGGUCCUAAAAUUCUGGUUUGGCAGUGUCUGUCCAGGAUAUAGGGAGGGAUGUGGAGAAGGUGUUUGAAGCUGAAUCCAGAAAAGACUGAGUUGAUUGGUAGGCCCUAUGAUCUGGGAGGGUCAGAAAUAUCUUCUAUUAAUCAUUUUGGCUUCCUAAAGCCAGUAAGGUGUAGUGGUUAGAGUGUCAGACUAGGACCUGGAAGACCAGGUUUAAAUCCCCGCUUAGCCAUGAAGCUCACUGGGUGACUCUGGGCCAUUCUCUGCCUUUUAGCCUGGAGCUCCUUGGAGGGAAAAGUGGCAUACAAAUGCAAUACAUAAAGUCUGCAGACUUUUGCUGGACUGGUGGACCCAAACAGUACGGUGGUACCUUGGUUCUUGAACUUAAUCUGUUCCGGGAGCCUGUUUGACUCCUGAAACCAUUUGAAAACCAAGGUGCAGGUUCCAAUUGGCUGCAGGAGCUUCCUGCACUCAAGCAGAAGCCACGUCGGAUGUUCGGCUUCCGAAAAACAUUCACAAACUGGAACACUUCCGGCUUUGCGGCGUUCGGAGGCCAAUUUGUUUGGCAACUAAACCGUUCGGGAACCGAGCUUCCACUGUGCUUGAUAACUCCAUUUAGAGAAGGUGCACUUUUUUCUCCGGUUACAAACUAACAACCACAAGAAAUGUCUUUGUGCUCUCCAAGUUUGACUGUAGUAAUAAUGCACACUACCUGAGGAUUCAUCGUCACCUGGGAAUGAUGAAGUUGAGGAUUACUACCACUUGAAAGGAAUGGGCUGCUGUUGCUCCCAGACCUACACCAACAUUUUGAUAUUUCAGUAACAAUCAGAGAUGCAGAUUAUGACUUACGAGGCCCUAAAGAGUUUUAUCCUUGUAUGUUCUUAGAGCUUUCGUUUCUCUUUUGUGUGCCCAUCCUGACCGUUAACAUAGGUGGACAAUUUCUUCUUGCAUGGUCUCCCUGGAUGACGUUUCCCCCAGGCCCCAGAGUAUUAUCCCAAAUCGCUAUCCAUCCUUUCUGUUCAAGCUAGAAUUGGAAGCUAGUGAGGGAGGCUUUGUUUAUCUAUUUUAAUCCUCUUCUUUUUUCCUGUUAAGCAUCUUUUGAAACGUGUUACUGGCCCAGAGACACCAAGGAUAGGGUGGGAUGCAAAGUUCAACAGCUAGUGCAUCACAUUGCUCCUUUUUUUAUAUAAUUCUGAGUGCUGCAGCAUAACUGUGCCAUGAGAGUAAAGGUGAACAUUUGGAGUACUUUUCUCAGCUUAUAUUUGUGACUAUGUGCAUGCAGUGUGAAUUCUUUCAGUUGUGACUUGGUGGAAAGAAACUGCAGAUUUGGUGGCUUCCAUUUCAAACAAUUUGCUGCUCUCUUAUCUUUCAGUUUACAUUUUUGCCUUCCACAUAAGUGUGCACCACCUCCCAGUUUUAUUGCUACAAGUGUUGGGUGUGUUAAGACGGCUCAGUUUACCACUGAGCCAAAUGGAAGCAGCUGCUUGGAAUCGUAAUAUAGGAGCAUCUGUAUAUGCCAGAAGAAUGCAGUUUAGCACUAUGGUUCACCCCAGAAAUUAUGUGCUCAAAACAACUUGUCUGUUUUGAAUUGCUGCGAAGUCACUUCCCCUACUAUAGAGGGGGUGUGAAUAGGUGGAGAGUUGACACACGACUCUGCAUCUCAAAGACUCCCAAAACAAAAGUGGGAGAGGAACCUGGGAGGCUUUCCUAGCAGAAAGGAUGGAUUGGCAUUCGAAAAUUUGUGAAUUGUCAGAGUGAUCCAUACAAUUGCAUGGAGAUGCGAUACCAGGUCUCCUUUCCAGUGUUUGUUCUGCCAAUUGUACCACUGGAAAAACAAGAGAUCCCAGUGGCACUAACAUUUUACGGCAGCAUGCGCAAUAUGUUCUCAUGGACUGUGGCUACAGAAAAGUUUAGUGGUUGCCGCCUGAUCCUGCUUUCAUCUCUAUUAGAGAACAGAAUACAACAUACAGCAGUCUAGUUUCCAUAGCACUAAUCACACUGAUGCCGUCACAUAUAGAAGAAACCACAAGAGGGCAUGAUGUGGUGACAAUAUAAUGCUAUACCACUGUGCAGUCUCUCACAGCCCACACACCAAAUGCGGGGGAAAGUUAUUCCAACCAAGGCACCAUCUCCGCCCCUUAAACCCAUUUUAUUCCCAUUUUCGUAAAGGAUGAGCUGCAAAGAACAAAUUAGAUAGCACCAAUUAUUCCCCACAUUUAUUAUUUCAGCAUUCUGCUCUGAUGAUGACAUAGUCCAUGCCAUAUUUUAGGCCACAGUCCCAGAGAACGGAAGCAUGCAAGUAAACUGAAGUCCAGCAAGAAUCCCUAAUGAUUCUUGAGUGAUCCAGACCCGCAAGGUGUUGGAAAUUUGGCUUGGUCCAAACUCAGAGUGAGACCAGCCUAACCAGUGGUAAAUCUGUGCUGCUCCACCAGUGUCAAGAAAGCAAAUAGCCACGACAGUGUUCCUUUCUGUAAGGUUGCUUUCUUGACUAUUGCCAGCAUUGCUUUCUAAACCUGUUAGGCUAGUUAAGUGGUCCUGUUCUUAUGCCGAGCUACUGAUUUUUAUCCCAUUGCAUGAUUGAGGCUAGCUUUCCCAUAAAUCUCGUAAGUGUAUGGUUUAAAUUUUAGUGUGCCCCUCCUUUUUUUUUUUUUUUUUUUUGCUGUAACUGGUUUACAGUUCUCUUUAGUCCUACUUGUUGGUUUGUUUGUUCCUGCAUGGCAUUGUGUUCAAAGGGAGUGUUAAAAGCAAUGGAAAGAUGUGAAGGGGCUUUUGUAUUGAAAUGCUAUUCGUCUUUCUGCACCUAGGAUGGUAAGCGGAUGUUUGGUACAUACUUCCGUGUUGGUUUUUAUGGGACUAAAUUUGGAGACCUCGAUGAACAAGAGUUCGUUUACAAGGAACCGGCCAUAACAAAAUUGGCUGAAAUUUCUCAUCGGUUAGAGGUGAGAUGGUCUCAGCAAGUCUAAAAUACAAUCCUGUCGUUACAUGGGCUUUCAGGGAGCUCCCAGUAUGUUUCCAAAUGCAAUUCAAAGUGUUGGUGCUGACCUUUAAAGCUCUCAGCCCUGUAUCCCUGAAGGAGCAUCUCCACCCCCAUUGUUCAGCCCAGACCCUGAAGUCCAGCUCUGAGGGUCUUCUGGCGGUUCCCUCACUGUGAGAAUUGAGGUUACAGGAAACCAGGCAGAGGGCCUUCUUGGUAGUGGCCCUUUCCCUGUGGAAUGCCUUCCCGUCAGAUGUCAAAUAAGUAAAUAAUUACACAACUUUAUGAAGGCAGCCUUGUAUCAGGAAGCUUUUUAUGUUUGAUGUCUUAAUGUGUUGGAGGGCUGGCCAAAGUGGCUGGGGCAACCCAGUUGGAUGGGUGGGGUAUAAGUAAUAAAUAAUUGUAUUUGUAAUUAUAAAAAGAGUCAAGUUCAGGGAUUACUUUAUUCCCUCCCUCUGCAAAAAAACAAACACAAAAAACAACAACCUGUGUUCACCUGACCUGUGGUCCUGUCCACAUAAGCUGUAGCAUUCACAUAUGCAAGACAGCCAUGAAUAGGAUUGUGGCUCAGUGCAUGGGUGAAAAGGACCCUUCAGGCCAAGUAAUUUCCAAUCGUUCACAAAGAGCAAUCAAAGAUAGGAGCCCUGUUUACUUUACUUUUUAAACCUCCACAAGGUAAAUGUAGGCUCAGGUUUAUCUUGUACCAAGAUUAGCCCAGUUCUGAGCCAUGGGGUUGCAUUCAGACAACCAUACCUUGGCUUAAUAAGCUGAGAUGUGAAUGAGCCUCAUGCACCCACAGACAGCUGCUUCACUUUUUGCUAGUCAGGAAGUUUCAGUUAGCUAUAGUUUCCCCUUACAACUGGGAACUGAUGUUUUCGAGCUUCUAAACAAGCCAGAAUAGAAAGCCUUGGUUUAACAUUGGCUUAGGACCCUGGCAUGUUUAGGAGUCAUUGACUAUAGUUUCCCAGCUUGAACUGAGAGUUAUAUAUAUAGUUUAUUAACCGCAGUUAAUUAAGACUAAAUCGUUACACUCAUGAAUGAAAGAACAAAACAGCUGCAGUCGGGGAACAAAGCUCACUCAUAUCUUGGCUUAGUGUCUGCUUUGGUGUGUAAUGUGUGGUCUUUUAAACUUGUUUUGCUGCACAUACUGUCCAGCGUAUGAUAAAAUGAUGGGAUGUUUCCACAUUGACAAAAUACUUUUAGGCAGACUCCCCCCCCCCACGUUAUUAUUUUUCCUCCCCCCCCCCAAAAAAAAAUAAAUGUUCCCCAAAGUUAUGCAGGCAUAGUCCACACCACAGGCACAGUCCUAACUAUUUUUCAUGUGAUUCUGCUAACAUUGUGUGAAACCCUUCCUUUAAAACUUUGCUCCAGAUUGUACAUUAUAAUAUCUUGUUGAUAAUUUUCAGGGUUUUUACGGAGAAAGGUUUGGUGAAGAUGUUGUUGAAGUAAUUAAGGACUCUAACCCUGUCGACAAAUGUAAAUUAGAUGCCAACAAGGUAAGAAGCUAAAAAUAAGUAUCAAGUUGGACAUUCCUGUAUCUGGUGUGAGAAGUGCCCUUGUUCCUGGCUUGUGCAUGGCUACAUACUAUGGUUCCAGAAAAUAAAUUGAGUGGCUAAAAUGAUGCUGCACCAGGGCCAUUUAUCUCAGGAUCUCCCUGACCUUAUCCACACGCCUCUCUCAAUCUAGAUACAGGUAGCAGGUAGCAGUUUUUAGACAAUUCUGGUAUAGAAUAUAAUUGAUGUAUUGUAUCACUUCAUACUUAUUUUCACCAGGGAGACUGGGGCAAGAGUUGUCUGCUUUCACCUACUUUUGUAUCUUUUCAACUGGCUCUGAGAUAUAAGUUCAGAGUGCGGAGGACAAAAUGGCAGCAAGCUUGUGCUUUCCACUGGUGUGGGCCUCGUUCUGUCUCUUGGUUAAUGCCCCUCGCUGCUCACUCACAAACAUAAAAAUUCUGCAGCAGGAGCAGCGUCAUGAGUGAAUGAGGGCCAUGCGCGGUUGCUAAUUGGCUGGUGACUAUUCUGCAGUGUAUUCCUACUAGUCUGUUUUUCUGCCCCAGGCCUAUAUACAGAUAACUUAUGUGGAGCCUUACUUUGACACAUACGAAAUGAAGGACCGGAUAACCUAUUUUGACAAAAACUACAACUUGCGGCGAUUCAUGUACUGUACACCCUUCACGUUGGAUGGCAGAGCUCAUGGUGAGCUGCAUGAACAGUUCAAGAGGAAGACCAUCCUCACGACAUCACAUGCAUUCCCUUACAUUAAAACCCGGAUUAAUGUUAUUCACAAGGAGGAGGUGAGCCCUGAACAGUGAUGGUAACUGUAAAUUUAAGAGGGAGAAAUGCCAGAAAUAGAGGGGGAAUGAUUAACAUAAAAAAAUAAUGCGCUCAGUAAAGUUUCAGCUUGCUGAUUAUUGAUUGGCAUGUGUUUUAGAUGCAUUUACAAAGCUGCUUUUACUGCAAAAGCCUGAGAGGAGGAGCUUUUAUUUCAGGUGUCAGGUUUUGAUACUGAUGAUUACUAUUGCUGGAAAACUGCUCUAAUUUUUUCAGUAGUACUUUGCAUCUAGCAACUGGGAAAAAGAAAAAUCCACACACCUGUAUAGCACAGUUGGUUACAUUAUGGUGCUGAUAACACAAAGGUUGCAGGUUUGAUCCCUGCAUGAUAUGGAACAGUUGCAUAUUCCUGCAUUGCAGGAGGUUGGACUAGAUGAUCCUCAGUGUCCCUUCCAACUCUACAAUUCUAUGAUUCUCCCUUUCCUUAUUUAUGAGUCUAAAUUAAAUUUUCUUGUAAUCACAGUGAAAAGAGAAGCCCCUGAUGUUCUUCUUAAAUUUUCCUGUGUUCGUUUCCUUAGAUCAUUUUGACACCAAUUGAAGUCGCCAUUGAGGAUAUGCAAAAGAAAACCCAAGAGUUGGCUUUUGCAACACAUCAAGAUCCAGCAGAUCCCAAAAUGCUCCAGAUGGUGCUUCAAGGUUCAGUAGGCACAACGGUAAAUCAGGUAAGGAUACAGAACUUGUAGGCCCUGUCAGUGUAUUGAUCACAAAGGUCCAUGAGUACAACCAUCAAGACUUGCUUAUUUUAAAAAACGUUGUCAAAAAUGGGUUCUGACUAUAUAUUGCAUAUAAACAGUAAUAAUAGUGUGUGUGUGUGUGUGUGUGUGUGUGUGUGUGUGUGUGUAUAUAUAUAUAUAUAUAUAUAUAUAUAUAUAACUUGUUUUGUAUCGAAGAACUAAGAGGACAGUAUUAUUGAAGUAAUGGCUAACAGAGUAUGUGCAAAUGCAAGUAAUUUGAGUAUGUAGAAGCACAUUUGCCGAGUUUUACUCUCUGAAGCAAAGUGGUUCUGUGAGUUAACAGCAGAAGCAAGAGGUGGACACUUUUGAUUGAAUGGAACAUGUGAUGUAAUAAUCUCCCCUUCCCAGGAUAGAACAUCUCUAAAAAACGAUUCACUUUUUUUUUUUUAAAGGCAGACAUUUCACUGAAUAGUAGUACAUAAUACAUGUUUGCUCCGAAGAAAACCCUAUUGAGUUCAGUGGGACUUAUUCCUAGGUAAACAUGUAUAUGUGAUACCUAAAAACUAGAGGUCAGUGCCCACCAACAAGUAGGGGUAGGUGUCAGACCGAAUCAGUAUUUGAAUCUUUGCUAAGUUCAACUGCAUUGUGUGGAGGGAGCCACAAAUAUUUCAUGAGAGUGUGGUGGGUCCUAAUUUGAGAUCUGUUUGUUUGCAUCCUUAGAGCUGUUAUAGGCAACAUUUGAAAGCAAUCCUUGUGCAGCUCUGCCUUCUCCUUGACAGUUGCAUAAAUGUCAACGUAGAUAGGAAGAGAAGGGAGGUUGUGGAGUGUGGUCCUAGUGGGGAGACAGCCUAAAUAAAUUCUGUGGAGUCUUCCAUGUAUGUGAAAUGAUUCCAGUAGCCAGCCCUGCAGAAGUAUCUCACUACCUGCCUCCUCUUAGAUUGGCUAAGAAGUUAGAUUGGCUUCAACCAGAGCCAGGGCCUUUUCAACUCUGGCUCCGGCCUGGUGAAACGCUCUGCCUCAUGAGACCAGGGCCCUGCAAGAUCUGAUUUCUUUCCGCAGGGCCUGUAAGACAGAGUUGUUCCGCCUGGCCUUUGGCUUGGAGCCAAUUUGAUUCCCUCCCUCUUUCUUUUUUCCUUUCCUUCUCCUCCUGCGAUGAGGCUACAUUUUAAUAUUUUAAUGUUGUAUUUUAAUUUUGUUUUUAAGUUGUAAUCAUUCAACUUGUUUUUAUUAUUGCUUGUAAGCCGCUCUGAGCCUGGCCUUGGCUGGGGAGGGCGGGGUAUAAAUAAAAAUUAUUAUUAUUAUUAUUAUUAUUAUUAUUAUUCUUUAAAGGGACCACUAGAGGUUGCACAGGUUUUCUUAUCAGAGAUACCCAACGAUCCUAAGCUCUUCCGUCACCAUAAUAAACUACGGCUUUGUUUCAAAGACUUCACAAAAAGGUAUUGUGUUUCAAUUAACAUCUCUUUUUUCCCAUUUUAAUUGUCCUAAAAAAGAUCAUGAUAGAUAUGUUGAUCAAUUGUCUUCUGGUGGGUCUGAUUACUUACUUUAGUCCCUUCUCACCAUGCAGCCCCAAUGUACAGUUGUACAUCAGAAGUCGAACAGAAUCCGUUCCAGAAGUCCAUUCGACUUCCAAAACAUUUGGAAACCAAGGCAUGGCUUUCGAUUGGCUGCAGGAAGCUUCUGCAGCCAAUCGGAAGCCACGUCGGACAUUCAGGUUCCAAAAGAAUGUUCGCAAACUGGAACACUCACUUCCGGGUUUGCGGCGUUCAGGAGCCAAAACGUUCCGAGUUGCAAGGCGUUCAACUUCCAAGAUACUGUAUAUUGCUUCUUAAUUCAUUUCUGCGUAAUUUAGAAAAUUCCUUGAAACUUUAUCCUACAUUCCUCAAAAAUGCACUACUAAGGCGUGCAACAGAUUUGGCAUUAUUAGGUGGCACUGAUGUUCUUCCAGCACGUCUUGGCCUUGAUCCAUGAAUGCUGACGCACUUCUGCAUCCUUUCAGGAGCAGUCCCCUUUUUUCUUUUCUAAACAAGGGGCAUUUUGUACAUGUACGGUGAGAUUUUCCUGCUGUUAAACAAGGAAACACAGAAAACCUCACAGUGCUUUGUAUUUACCUUUUAUAUACAUGUUGGAGAAUCAUGUAUAGCCAGCUGCUUUGGUACAGAAGCAGUAGUUUCAUUUCUUUUUAAAUGCUGUUAGACAGCUUUAGAGAAAUCAGAUUUCUAGGAUGACUUGUCGGAGACAUCUACUCCAAGAAGCAGAAAGACUGAUGUUUUAUUGUGUGAAAGCCAAUUUUGGCAUUGCGGUCACGCUGUGUUGGAAGUUUCGGAUGUUUCCAAAUAAUGUGCAAUUAGUGUUGUGACCCAAGGAGUGUACGCAAAGGAGACAGAUACAAUGCUGCUGGCUGGCUCCAAGAGGGUAGACUAUGGUCACUUUCCUAUUGUCUGAAUUUUUUUGUUUUCUAGGUGUGAAGAUGCACUGCGCAAGAACAAGAGCCUGAUUGGUCCAGACCAAAAAGAGUAUCAGCGAGAGCUUGAAAGAAAUUACCACCGUCUCAAGGAAGCACUUCAGCCUCUGAUCAAUAGAAAAAUUCCCCAGUUAUACAAGACGGUUCUUCCUGCUGCUUGCCACAGGUAAUUCUUAUAUAUGUUAACAUCGCUUGUUAAUGUUUCUUUAAAAGGUCUCCUGGAUAGGAAAAGUACAUGGGAAGGCAAAUUGAAAAUUCCUAUCUGUAGUGAUAUAAAAUCCUUACAAUUACUUUACUAACACCCCUAUAUCUGUGGCCCCAAGCCCUGUUUCUCACACUUCAGAAGACCAGAGCCCUGAGAUAGGCGACUAGUUAAUUUUAUAGCUGCGUAUGCAAACACUUUGUGUAGCAGAAUAUUACUCACCACCAGACUCUGGCGUUCGGCUUGGGAAGUAGCUUAUCUCACUGUUUUUUCCUCCCCAGAGACUCCUUCAGCAGAAUGAGCCUUCGCAAAAUGGACAUCUGAGCACCUUAAAAUACACUUAAGAAUUUUAAGGUAUUGAACAAACGAGUGCAGUGUCAUCAACACCGGGAAUUUUUAAUAAGUUUUAUUUGGAAAUAAAACUUUGGACUUUGUUCAGGACACCAUGCACACAUUUUACCAAUUUACAUGGAAGUGUUAAGUGGCCAAAUUUCCCUUCUGAAUUAUUAUAUAGACUUCAAACCUUUUUUAACCCCAUGGCAACAGUAUACAAACUACUGGUGAGACUGUAAACACAACUGUUUUUUAAGACAUUUUUUAAUAUUCAGAGGUACUCCAAAUGCAUCAACCAUUAUUUAUAGUAUUCUUUAAUGUUAAAUUUGUUUUUGUUUUAGUUCAUAUAUUUAUUUUAUAUUAGGAGCAUUUGCAAAUGCAUUUAAACCAUUUUUAAUGCAGUGUUUCUUUUAAUGGUACCAUUAAAUAUUUGAAUGUUUACACUUU